GUUCUGAGCAGUUGGAGCAUUCCCAGCCUUGCCUCGGGUGUAGGGAUUGCAAGGAAAAAGCAAAACUACACGGUCUAGAUCCUGUGUAGUUUUGUUUUUUGGGUUAUAACGGGGCCCAACCGUUCUCACCUUGGAUUUUCUGGAAUCAUUUUGGAUAAGAGGAUUGUUGCUGAGGCAAUAGACACCUGGGCACAGUCCCAUCAAAUAUAGGCAGCCUUGUGAUACAAGGUGCCUUCAGUCAUGUCAACACAAGCUCCAUCGUUUACACAGCCGCUUCAGAGCGUUGUGGCACUUGAGGGUAGUGCUGCAACGUUCGAGGCUCAAGUUAGUGGUAAUCCAGUUCCAGAGGUGAGCUGGUUUCGUGAUGGCCAGGUUCUUACUGCUGCCGCUCUGCCCGGCGCUCAGAUCUCAUUCAGCGAUGGCCGCGCUGCUUUGAUGAUCCCCGCCGUGACAGCCGCACACAGCGGAAGAUUUUCUGUCAGAGCCACCAAUGGCGCUGGACAAGCCACUAGCACAGCUGAACUGCUGGUUACAGCGGAAACUGCGCAGCCAAGCUUUAUUCAGAGACUACAAAAUAUGACCGUGAGACAAGGAAGCCAAGUGAGACUGGAUGUUCGAGUUGCAGGAAUCCCUACACCUGUGGUGAAGUUUUACAGAGAGGGAGCCGAGAUUCAAAGCUCCGCUGACUUUCAGAUUCUUCAGGAUGGAGACCUUUACAGCUUGUGGAUCGCUGAAGCUUUCCCAGAAGAUUCAGGAACGUAUUCUGUCAGUGCUUCUAACAGCAGUGGACGUGCGACCUCAACCGCCGAGCUUCUAGUUCAAGGCGAGGAGCUUGCAGUGCCUGCUAAGAAGACCAAGACUGUCGUGUCAACCUCUCAGACUCACCAGGCUAGAAUUGAAAAGACAAUGGAGGCCUCUUAUGAGUCUUCAGACAUGAUGGAAAUGCAGAUUGAGGAUGGUGAUUUUGAUCACAAAGCACAUCCUCAUGUGUCUCCAAAGCCAUCGACAGGGGUGACAAAGGUUGCAUCUCCUCGCCAACAGUCCCCCUCUCCUGUGAGAUCUGUUAAAGCCCCCAGUCACGCACCUCACAGAUCUACUUCUCCUUUAAGAAUGUCUGAGUCUCCAAUCAGACCAGUGAAAUCUCCAAUGACAUUUACCAAGCCAUUAGCACAGGGUGAGGAGGUUCCUCCACCGUGGAAGCAGGAGGGUUAUGUGGGAGAGCCCAGCUAUACUAGUUUGACUUCUGGGACAUCAUAUGUCCAAACCUCAUCCACAUUUGCCCACAAGGAGCAGCAAUGGGAAGGUUCUUUUACUUUACAGCAACAAGCUGGUGGAGUCGCUUUUAAAGAGAUUGCUGAGACUGCAGGAAUCCCAUCCUACACACAAGAACAAGUAAUGCCACCAACUGUCGUUGCUGGUUUAAAGAACGUGAGCGUCACUGAGGGAGAUUAUGUGACUUUGGAGUGCCAGAUUUCAGGUCACCCCACUCCAGCCAUUAUGUGGUUCAGAGAGGAUUACAGAAUCGAGAACUCCAUUGAUUUUCAGAUCACUUAUGAAAACAGUUUUGCCCGUUUGGUGAUUCGCGAGGCCUUUGCUGAAGAUAGUGGCCGCUUCACUUGCACUGCUACCAGUGAGGCUGGAACCAUCAGCACCUCCUGCUACCUGCUGGUCAAAGUUUCAGAAGAUAUUGACAGCCGAGAGGAUUACGCUUCUGUCUCUGAACAUGCUGAAAUGGCAGCUCAGGAAAGACAGUAUGAAGCCAAAGAGGAGACCAUGUCUGAAAUGAGUGCUGUCUCUGAGUCUGUGGAUGCUGGAGCAGGCGCUGCCCCAUUCUUUAUAAAGAAGCCCACAGUUCAGAAACUGGUUGAGGGUGGCAGUGUUGUCUUUGAGUGCCAGAUCGGAGGCAGCCCCAAACCACAUGUUUACUGGAAGAAGAGUGGAAUCCCACUCACUACUGGAUACAGGUACCGAGUAGCUUAUAAUAAAGACACAGGGGCCUGCAAGCUGGAGAUCUCCAUGACGUUUCCCGAUGAUGCUGGAGAGUACACCAUCUUUGCCAGGAACCAACUUGGAGAGAUCUCUGCCUCAGCCGUGCUGCUUGACGAGGAGUCAUAUGAUCUCUAUAUGAAGAAACAAGAAGUAACAUAUAAGACAGAAGUAACAGUUGAGGAGCCAAAAGUUGCUGAUGUGCCUGCUUUUACCGAGAGUGAAACUGAGAAAGAGAUGCUCAUCCAAAGAAGGAUGGCUCAGCAAUCCCAGAUGAUGCGGACCCUUCUCACAGAGCAGGAGUUCCAGAUCUCUCAUUUUGAGCAGAGAUGCAUCCAAGAAAUUGAGUUCCGUCUACUCAAGAUUACUUAUCAGGAGUUGGUGUCUGAGGAUGGGGAGCGGAUGGAUAUGAGUGUUUCUGAGCAUGAUGCUGUUUAUCCAGUAUUUAAUACCCCAGUUAAACAUUACAGACUUAGGGAGGGAAUGAGUGCAACUUUCCAUUGCAGGAUGACAGGAACUCCACUCCCUAAGAUUACCUGGUAUAAAGAUGGCAGGCGCAUUACACAUGGAGGUCGCUAUCAGAUGGAGGCUCUGCAGGAUGGUAGAGCCAGUCUGCGUCUUCCCGUGGUGCUGCCAGAAGAUGAGGGUGUCUACACUGCUUUGAUCAGUAACAUAAAGGGUAAUGCUGUCAGCUCUGGAAAGCUGUCUGUUGAGCCAACCGGGACAGCACCGCCACAGUUUGCUCAACCAGGGGCAGUUCAAAGAAUCCGGUCCACGUCACCACGCUCUUUAAGUCGUUCCCCUGGGCGCUCACCUGCACGUAGACUUGAUGACACAGAUGAGAUACAGCUAGAAAGGCUGUACAAGCCUGUGUUUGUACAGAAGCCAUCAUCCUUAAAGUGCUCUGAGGGACAGACUGCACGAUUUGAUCUGAAAGUUGUUGGAAGACCCAUGCCUGACACUUACUGGUUCCACAAUGGACAACAAGUGGGCAAUGACUACACCCAUAAGAUUGUAAUAAAGGAGGAUGGAACUCAGUCGAUGAUUGUGGUUCCUGCCAUGCCUCAGGACUCUGGAGAGUGGACAGUUGUUGCUCAGAACAGAGCUGGAAAGACUUCUGUAUCCAUCACUCUUACUGUUGAAGCCAAGGAAAACCUGGUGAGGCCCCAGUUUAUUGAGAAAUUAAGAAACAUCAGUGUUAAAGAAGGUACUUUGGUGGAGCUGGCUGUCAAAGCCAUUGGCAAUCCCAUUCCUGACAUUGUCUGGCUGAAGAACAGUGACAUCAUCUCCCCGAACAAACACCCAAACAUCAGGAUUGAGGGUGGUAGAGGUGAGGCUUGUUUUAAGAUUCCUUCAAGUGUCGGAUCAGAUAGUGCCUGGUAUACGGCUACUGCCAUUAACAAAGCUGGCAGAGACACCACUCGCUGCAAAGUCAAUGUUGAGGUGGGCACAGUCCAGCCUCAACCUGAGAAGAGGCUUGUCAUUCCCAAGGGAACGUACAAGGCCAAAGAAAUCGCUGCACCGGAGUUGGAGCCACUGCAUCUUCGCUAUGGCCAAGAUCAAUGGGAAGAGGGCGAUCUCUAUGACAAAGAGAAACAGCAGAAGCCACACUUUAAAAAGAAGUUGACCUCAGUCAGACUAAAGCGAUUUGGACCAGCUCACUUUGAGUGUAGAUUGACCCCUAUUGGCGACCCAACCAUGAUUGUUGAGUGGCUACAUGAUAGCAAGCCACUGGAAGCUGCUAACAGACUGCGUAUGGUCAAUGAGUUUGGGUAUUGUAGUCUUGACUAUGAAGCUGCUUAUUCCAGGGACAGUGGUAUCAUUACUUGCAGAGCCACCAACAAGUUUGGUGUUGACCAGACCUCUGCAACAUUGAUUGUUAAAGACGAGAAGAGUCUGGUGGAGGAGAGCCAGCUGCCAGAAGGAAGGAGAGGACAAAGAAUAGAUGAAAUUGAGCGUAUUGCCCAUGAGGGUGGCCCUUCAGGAGUUACUGGAGAUGAUGUACUUGAGAAGACUAAGCCAGAGAUUGUGAUGCUUCCAGAGCCAAUAAGAGUUAUGGAAGGGGAUACCGCUAAAUUCCGCACAAGGGUGACCGGCUACCCAACUCCAAAAGUCAACUGGUACCUUAAUGGACUGCUCAUUCGCAAGAGCAAAAGAUUCAGGCUGUUAUUUGACGGUAUUCACUACUUGGAAAUUGUAGACACCAAAUCCUAUGAUUCAGGAGAUGUUAAAGUUGUGGCUGAAAACCCUGAAGGUGUAGUUGAACAUGUUGUGAAAUUUGAGAUUCAGCAGAAGGAGGACUUCAGGUCAGUCUUGCGCCGUGCUCCUGAGAUUAAGGUUCCUGCACCUGUGCUAUCCCAAGAGCAUGGCAGAGUCUCCUUUGAGGUUGUCAAAGCUGAGAAGCCAUCCGAGUCCUCUAAAGACAAGGAAGUGGUUAAGCUGAGGAAAACUGAGAGAUUGACCCAUGAGAAACUAACAGAAGAGACAGAAGAACUGAGAAGCAAGUUUAAACGUAGGACCCAGGAGGGCUACUAUGAAGCAAUAACUGCAGUUGAGCUGAAGUCCCGCAAGAAGGAUGAGUCUUAUGAGGAUAUGCUAAGGAAGAGAAAGGAAGAACUCCUUCAUCGUGCCAAAGAACUAGCGUCUGAUGCUGAAAUUCUUAAAGAAGAGGAACGGAAACUGACCAUUCCCAAAUUUAAACCAGAGAGAAUUGUACUCUCUCCUAGCAUGGAGGCUCCAAAGAUCAUGGAACGAAUCCAGAGCCAAACAGUUUGCUUGGGCGAUGAAGUACACUUCCGUUGUAGAGUCACCGGUAAACCAGAUCCAGAGUGUCAGUGGUUCAAGAAUGGAAUCCUACUGGAGAAAUCAGACCGGGUUUACUGGUACUGGCCAGAGGACCAGGUCUGUGAACUAGUGAUCAUGAAUGUUUCAGCUGAGGACUCAGCGAGUGUGAUGAUCAAAGCCAUGAAUGUUGCUGGUGAGACCUCAAGCCAUGCCUUCCUGCUGGUUCAAGGAAAACAAGUUAUUUCAUUCACACAACAACUAGAAGAUUUGAAUGCUAAAGAGAAAGACACCAUGGUGACCUUUGAAUGUGAAACAAAUGAGCCAUUUGUCAAGGUCAAAUGGCUUAAAAACAACGCAGAAAUUUUCUCCGGAGACAAAUACAGGAUGCACUCUGACAGAAAGGUGCAUUUCAUGUCUGUGCUGGUGAUUGAAAUGAAGGACGAAGCAGAGUACAGUUGUGUGGUUGCUGACGAUGAACACAUUAGAACUACUAGCACACUUCAUGUUGAAGGUGCACCACUUGAAAUUGUAAAGAACCUUGAGAAUACAGAAGUGCCUGAGACAUACGCUGGAGAGUUUGAAUGCGUUUUGUCACGUGAGGAUGCAGAAGGCACCUGGUAUUUCGAGAACAAAGAAAUCACUUCUAGUCUCAAAUAUGUCGUGUCUGCACGUCGUGGUCGCCAUAGUCUUUCUGUGAAAGAUGUUAAGAAGGAGGACCAAGGAAAAUACACCUUUAAAGUGGGAGAUCUUAAGACAAGUGCCACCCUUAAGAUGAAAUUGCGCCCCGUCACUCUGAUGCAAGGACUUUCUGACCUGACAAUCUGUGAGGGUGACAUUGCCCAGCUUGAAGUGAGAUUUUCUCAAGAAAAUGUGGAAGGCUCGUGGAUGAAGAAUGGUCAGGCCAUCUCUGCUUCCAGUAAGAUUCACAUGGUCAUCGACAAAGUCACCCAUAAGCUUCUCAUUGAAGAUGCCAGUAAGGAUGAUGCUGGGAUUUACUCCUUUGAUGUACCUGCUCAGGACAUUUCUACAUCUGCAAAACUAACAGUUCAGAUCAUUGGCUUCUUGGCACCACUAAAGGACAUUUCCACAGUGGAAGGCACUAAAGCUGUCCUGGAGGCUAAAAUCUCUGCCCCUGAUAUAAGCUCAAUAAAAUGGUACCACAAUGAUAAGCUUGUGACACCGAGUGACAGAGUCCAGGUGGUUGUCAAAGGAUCCAAACAGAGACUUGCCAUAAGCAGGACCUACGCUUCAGAUGAAGGACAAUAUAAGCUGAUUGUUGGCAAAGUGGACUCAACCUGUACACUUUCUGUCCAGGAAAUCAGCAUUGUUAAACACAUGGAGGACCGUGUUUGCACCGAGACUCAGAACGUCAACUUUGAGACAGAGGUAUCCCACCCUGGCAUUGAUGCUCUUUGGACUUUCAAGGGUCAACCUUUAAAAGCAGGUGCAAAGUACAAGAUUGAGUCCAAAGGUACACACCAUAGCCUUACCGUUCUGAAUGCCAUGAAGGAUGAGGAGGGAGAGUACGCGUUCAUGGCUGGCGAGAAGGAAUCCAGAGCACAGCUUAUUGUAUCAGGCGGUGCUAUAAACAGGCCACUCCUUGAUGUAACUGUAGCAGAAUCCCAGACUGCAGAACUGGAGUGUGAAGUCGCAAAUCCCACCACGGAAGGCAAAUGGCUGAAAAAUGGCCAACCUGUUGACUUCAGUGAUAAUGUGACCAGUGAAAGUGAUGGCACUGUCAGACGACUGGUCAUCGCCAUCACUCGACCACAAGAUGUUGGAGAGUACACAUACCAGGUGGCAAACUCCAAAACAUCAGCUAACUUGAAAGUUGAAGCUGUAAAAAUCAAGAAGACAGUAAAGAACCAGACUGUUACCGAGACCCAGGACGCAGUGUUCAGUCUUGAGCUCACCCAUUUAGACGUCAAAGGAUCCCAGUGGAUCAAGAAUGGAGUAGAAAUUGUUCCCAGUGAUAAACAUGAGAUAACCGUACAGGGCGUGGUGCACACCCUGAAGAUCAAGGACUGUAACACCCAAGAUGAAUCAGUCUAUGGAUUUAAACUUGGAAAGCUCUCUGCAAAUGCCAGACUGAAUGUUGAAACUAUCAAAAUCGUGAAGAAGCCUAAGGAUGUGACAUCACUGUUGGGCGCCACCGCCUCUUUUGAGCUGAGUUUGUCCCAUGAUGACAUUCCAGUUCAGUGGAUGUUCAAGAACCAAGAGCUCAAGCCAAGUUCAAAUGUCAAAAUACUGUCUGAAAGGAAGGCCCACAAACUUGUCAUUCAGAGCGUUGAAGACCACAUGGCUGGAGAAUACGUCGCCGUGGUUGGACAUAUGCAGUGCAGUGCACAUCUUCAUGUGGAAUCUUUGAGAGUCACAAAACCUCUGAAGAACAUUGAGGUUCCAGAGACCCACGUUGCCACAUUCGAGUGUGAAGUUUCACAUUUUAAUGUCCCAUCUGCCUGGCUGAAGGAUGGGGUUGAGAUUGAGAUGAGCGAGAAGUUUGGAAUUGUGGUCCAGGGUAAAUUGCAUCAGCUGAAGGUUAUGAACACCAACCAAGAGGACGCUGCAGAAUACACAUUCGUGUGCGGAAAUGACGCCGUCUCCGCUACCCUGACUGUUAACUCAAUUAUCCUCACAUCCGAGCUUCAGGAUCAAAAUGCUAAAGAGAAAGACACUGUAACGUUUGAAGUGACUGUCAACUAUGAAGGCAUCACCCACAAAUGGUUAAAGAACGGAGUAGAGAUCCGUUCCAGCGAUAGAUGCCAAACUCGCUUCAAACAACUCACUCACUCUCUUACUAUCCGUAACGUUCACUUUGGAGAUGUUGGGGAGUACAAGUUUGUCGCAGGAUCUGCCGAGACUUCAGCAAACCUCUUUGUUGACGCUCGUGUAAUUGAAUUUACAAAGCCCAUCCAUGACAUCAAGGUAACUGAGAAAAAGAAGGCUAUCUUUGAAUGUGAGCUCUCUGAACCCAACAUCCAAGUGAUGUGGAUGAAGAAUGGGCAAGAACUGGAAAUGUCUGACAGGUUCAAAUCCACCUCUGAGAAACAAAUACAGCGAUUGAUCAUUCAGACAGUGCGCAUGUCUGAUGCUGGAGAGUACUCAGUGGUUGCCGGUGGAAGUGUUGCUAAAGCUUCACUCACAGUGGAGGGCAAGGAUGUUAAGAUCUCUGAGCCUGCUGAAAGAAACAUCAAUGUGGUUGAGAAACAGAGAGCUACAUUUGAGUUUGAAGUUAAUGAGGAUGAAAUCGAAGGCCGCUGGCUUAAAAAUGGUGUUGAAAUCCAAUUUUCUGAGGAGAGAUUCAAAUAUGUGACCAUUAGAAAAACACAUCGCUUGACAAUUAUUGAAACCUUCAGAAGUGAUGCUGGUGAAUAUACUUUCAUUGCGGGAAAGAACAGGAGCUCCGUCCAUCUAAAUGUCCAGAUCCCCGAGCCUCCUCAGAUUGUCACGGAAAUGCAGCCUCUAUCUGUUGAGGCUGGCAAGCCUGCACGUUUCUCCGUGGUGGUGACAGGAACCCCUCAACCCCAGGUAUCCUGGUACAAGAACUCUCAGGCUCUGUCCUCUGGGUUCAAGUGUAAGUUUUUGAGGGAUGCCGGUGAGUGCGCAUUGCUCCUCAUUGAGGUCUUCCCAGAAGAUGCAGCACUGUACACCUGUGAAGCUAAGAAUGACUAUGGAGUAGCCACAAGCUCUGCUUCGCUUAAUGUGGAAGUUUCAGAAGUGGUUUCUCCAGACAUUGUAGCUCCAGUGUCACCACCAGUAAUCAUUGCAUCACUUCAAAGUACUUCUGCUGAAGAAGGAGAACCAGCAAGUUUCCAGUGCCGUGUGUCUGGAGAUGAUUUGACGAUUACAUGGUACUGCAAGGAUAAAGAAAUAGUGCAGUCAGACAACUUCAGAAUGUCUCAGAUUGACGAUAGCUGCCAACUGGACAUUUCCAGAGCUUAUGUGACCGAUGCAGGGGAAUAUACAUGUGUUGCACGCAAUUCUGGAGGAAUGGUCUCUUGCUCUGGAGUUUUAACAGUCAAUGAUGGCAGUGUGAAAACAGUAGGUAGGCAAAGUGUUUCAAGUGGCGGACUAACUCGUUCAGAGAUGUUCACCUCCCAGACCAUGAGUGAGACUCAUUCGUCCACUAUGCAAACUUUUGAAACUGUGUCUACCAUGAUGAUGUCCACAACAUCUGUUAAAAGCAUAGAGGUCCAACAAGUGACCUCUGUGGAAACUUACUCUUCGAGCCCUGUGUUGACCCACAAAAUGAGUGACCUCAGUGUAAACCUGGGCGAUGUGGCACAGUUCGAUUGUUCCUUCAGUGGACAGCCGUUUACCGAGAUUGUAUGGAAUCAUAAUGGACGGCCAAUCCCAAAUACAGAAAGGGUGCAGUAUGUUAAUCAAGGAGGUGUCAUAUCUCUCGUCAUACUUAAUGUGCAGCUCGGAGACCAGGGAAGUUACUGCUGUACUGUUAAAAAUAGAAAUGGCGAGAGUCAAACGUCUGCACAGCUUACAGUAGAAGCUAAAGAAGCGAAUCCCAACGAAACCCCCGUACCCUCCGAUUCAAUCAGUAAAUCUUCUAAAACCGAAAAUGAAUCAAGUAAAAAGGCCUCUGAGCAGGAAAAACAGGAGACUGUACAGAAUGUUGGAGACCUGGCAUCAAAGUGGCAGAUAAGCCGACAUUACGAUCCUGAUGUUAUACCUUUGUUGGAGCGUGACAUGUAUGAUGCAAUUCAGCCAGAGUUCCUUGUGAAACUGUCCCCAGAAUUCCUUGCCAAACAAAAGGAGAGUGUUUUUCCUUAUUAUGUAUUCAAAGGAAGACCCUCUCCAUUCAUUAUAUGGCUACACAAGCAGUUGAUCAAUGAAGAGCCAAAGUCAUACUCCUUGAAACAUGAUGAGCCCUUGUGCUGCUUAAAUGUAAAGAACCUCGGUUCUGGGCAAGGGGGCACAAAUUCUUGCAAGGUUAUCAAUGAUGCAGGAGACAAAACAUGCAGCACUCGGACAGUGUCCAAAGUGGAAGAAGAGACAGUUCAUGAAGAGGAAGUCAGAGUGCCUCCAGUUUUCAAGAGGAAGAUAACUGACAUGGACACCAACGUUGGCAGCCCAGUGAAGUUUGAAUGUGAGAUUGAAGAUGCGCCCAAUGUGACUUUCAAGUGGUUCAGGUCUGGAUCAGAAAUCAAACAGGGUGACAAGUACAGGAUCAUCAGCAAGGUCAGCUCCUCAUCCUUGGAGCUCCUCAACCCAACAAAGGCAGACGCUGGAGAAUACAUGUGCCGUAUCUCAAAUAAGCAUGGUAGUGACAGCUGCGCUGCUAAGCUGAGCAUCACUGAAACCCCCUUCAUCAGAAAAGAAUUACCAAUGGAUGUAGUGAAGGAGACCUGUGCUUUAUUUGGACAUGAGGUCUUUGAUACUGCCCCAUUUGACAUGAACGGGUAUAUGCAUAAGAGAUGUGUCACUUCUGACAAAACACAAAUAUUAUUUGAGGAUUUAAUCGGAUAUUUGGACAAGCAUCCCUUUGAAAGUUCAAAUGUUGGGGAGUACCAAUGUUACCUGUCAAACGAAGUUGGGAAAAUCGUCUCAAAAUCAGUUGGUAUGAUAAGAGAGCCGGCCAAGUUUGUGAAGAAGUUGACAGACAUGACUAUCCCAAUGAGUCAGAAACUGAAACUUCAGUGCACAUUUACCGGAGCACCCAAGAUGUUUGUUACAUGGUACAAAGAUGGAAAGCAACUCUAUGCCUCCUACAGAUACAACACAUGGAUAAAUGAUGACACUUGCAGCUUGGAGUGUCUUCAUGAGUGUAAUAAUGACACAGCUGGACAAUACUCUUGUGAGGUGUCCAAUUCCUAUGGAACUGAUAUCUGUCAUGCCCAAGUGACCACUGAGCGCAAAAUUCCACCAACCUUCACUAAGAAACCCUCAGAGCAAGUUGAGGAUAGUGAGGGCAAAUUGGUGAAGCUUGAGGCUCGAGUGUCUGGCUCACAACCUCUGUCUGUAAGCUGGUACAAAGAUAAUGGAGAGAUCUUGAGCUCUGACAUCUGUGACAUUUCCUUCAAGAACAACAUAGCUGUGAUGUGCAUCAAGAAUGCCAAAGCCACAGACAGUGGUGCUUACACAUGCAGUGCUACGAAUGAAGCUGGCUCUGCCUCCUUCGAGGUGGUGGUUAACAUCAAAGAGCAAAAAAUACCACCAUCUUUUGACGUUCCCCUUAAACCUGUGACAAUCAAUGAGGAGGAAAGGCUAAACCUUAGCUGCCAUGUCUGUGGCUCCACUCCUCUGAAUAUUCAGUGGAUGAAGGACAGAAGGGAAGUCACAUCUUCUGCUAGCACCAAAAUCACAUUUGUGGACGGCACAGCCACCCUGGAGAUAUCCAAGGCAUCCAAAACAGAUGCCGGUGACUAUUUAUGCAAGGCAACAAAUGAUGCUGGUAAUGAAUUCUCCAAAGCUAAAGUCACCAUUGCAGAAAAACGUAGUGCUGCACCAGCAAAAGUGCCAGCAGCCCCCACAGAAACUCAGGCAGUUAAAAAACUGGACAACUUGUUCUUCAUUGAGGAACCCAAGAGCCUUCAUAUCAUUGAGAAGGGCACAGCUACCUUCAUUGCUAAAGUUGGUGGAGAUCCCAUUCCCAAUGUUAAAUGGAUGAAGGGCAAAUGGCGACAGAUGACUCACGGUGGUCGAGUCAGCAUUCAACAAAAGGGCCAAGAGGCCAAGUUGGAGAUCAAGGAGGUGACCAAAUCCGACUCUGGUCAGUACAGAUGUAUUGCCUCAAACAAACAUGGAGAAAUUGAGUGCAGCACUGACAUGAAUGUUGAACAGAAGAAAGAGACUGGACCAGAGAUGGUGACACUGAAGAAAACUCCAUCAAAGCAGAAAUCUCCAAAAGAGACCAAAGACAUUGACAUUGUUGAGCUGCUACGAAACGUAGACCCAAAAGAGUAUGAGAAAUAUGCUCGCAUGUAUGGAAUCACAGACUACCGUGGUAUCCUUCAAGCCAUUGAGAUACUGAAGAAGGAGAAAGAACACGAAAGUGGAAGACGGGAAAGCGAACAUGGGCGAGAAUACGAUGAAGAUUUGGCAAAACUUAUGUCUGAUUUGCAAAGCAGAAUGGAACACACUGAACCUGUUACCCUGGUUAAAGACAUUAAGGACCAAACAACGCAAGUUAACAAGGAUGCAACAUUUGAGUGUGAGAUUAAAAUCAACUAUCCAGAGAUUUCACUCUCUUGGUAUAAGGAUACAAGGAAGCUAGAAACAAGUGAUAAAUACGAAGUUCAAAUUGUGGAUGAUCAUCACAUAUUGAAGAUCAAGAACUGUCAGACCAGCGACCAGGGAAAUUACCGUGUCGUUUGUGGGCCACAUAUAUCCAGUGCCAGACUGACAGUAAUGGCUGACCAAAUUCAAUUCACCAAGCGCAUUCAGAAUAUCGUGGUGAACGAACGUCAGUCGGCCACUUUUGAGUGCGAGUUGGCCUUUGACAAUGCGGUUGUCGCCUGGUAUAAAGACUCAUGGGAACUUAAAGAGAGCCCAAAAUAUACCUUCAGAUGUGAAGGACGAAGACACUUUAUGGUCAUCCGUAAUGUAACAUCUGAGGAUGAAGGCGUGUACUCUGUGAUUGCACGACUGGAGCCUGUGGGUGAAACUAAAAGUACAGCUGAGCUUUAUCUGUCAGGCAAAGAAAUUGAGUUAAGAACGCGUUCCUUUGAUGUUCCUGAUACAUCAAUACAUGUGCCUGAUGUGACAUCUGUGAUAAGUUUUAAAGAUGAAACCUCUGAAUUUCAUUAUGAAGAAAAGACUGAAAUAACAGAGUAUCAGAGCUGGACAGUCGAAGAGAAGAGUGUUACAUAUGAACUCUCUUCAGUGCAAGAGCUGCAGAAACCUGUUGAGGAGACAGUGACAAAACGUGUAGUAGAAAAUAUGGAAGAGGCCCCUAAGAAAGUACUGGAAGUUAUACAGCUACCAGAAGAGACACCAGACACAACCUUCAUACAGACUGCACUGAUUCCUGAAAAAGAACCCGAGGUCAGGAAACCUGUUGAGGAGAAAGUGGCCUCUCUUAAAGUGACGGAACAAAAAGAACAACCCCCAGCCAAAGCCUCAGAGCCUAAGCCUCAGGUGCCAGCAGAACCCAAAGAGACUCCAGUGGUUGUGGCUAAGCCUGAACCUAAGCCUGAGCCAAAGGUUAUUUCAAAGCCUGAGCCAGUAGCUACACCAAAACCUGAACCAAAAGCUACACCAAAACCUGAGACCAAGCCUGAGCCAAAGGUUACUCUAAAACCUGAGCCUAAGCCUGAGCCGAUAGCUACACCCAAGCCUGAGCCGAUAGCUACACCAAAACCUGAGCCCAAGCCUGAGCCAAAAGUUACUCUAAAACCUGAGCCCAGGCCUGAGCUGGUAGCUACACCCAAGCCUGAGCCGAUAGCUACACCAAAACCUGAGCCCAAGCCUGAGCCAAUACCUACACCCAAGCCUGAGCUGAUAGCUGCACCAAAACCUGAGCCCAAGCCUGAGCCAGUACCUACAUCCAAGCCUGAGCCAAAAGUUACUGCAAAACCUGAGCCCAAGCCCGAGAAAGCUGUGGCACCGUCUGUCAAAGCACUUGAAGCUCCUAAAAAGCCAGAAGCAGUACCUCAACCAGCUAUUAAAAAAGAUGAGGCUUUAACUUCAAAGCCAGAAACUGCUCAAAUUAAAGCUCCUUUGGAGAUGAAGGAGACAGUUGCUUCAAAAGUAAAGCUAGAUAAUAAACCAGAGCCGGCACUUGCUGCCCCUGUGCCACCAAAGACAGAGCCAUCAAAGAAAGAAGUCUCUCAGCUACCUCAAGAUCUCUCAUCUACACCUGUCUUUUCCAAGCCACCAAAAGUAGAGACAGCUAGUCAGCGAAUGCACACUCCAGAGCCAGUUAGAAAACAAUCAGCUCCACUGGAGAUUAUUCAAGAACCCACAAGAAAGCCAACUUACCAAGAAGUGUCCAAAGCAGAACCUGAGAAAAAGGUAGAGCCUUUGCCUAAACUUUCGGAGCCCCGGGAAGCAGAACAAGUUAAAAAACAAGACCCACCAAAGAUGGCACCAAUUACAAAGCCACCAGUUGCAUACAAAAAGGAGACUUAUUCACAGAAAGUGGUUGAAGUAAAGCCUGCAGAAGUAUCAUCUGAGAGAAAACCAGUGGGUACACUGGAGACUGAGAUGCCCUCAGCCAAAGUCUUUUCAGCUUCAGAGAGUAUUGACCGAAUUCCCAAUAAAGUGGAAGUAACAACACAAAAGAUUUACAUGAAGGAAGAAGUUUGUUUGACUAAAGAAGUCGUGAAGGAGAGUCGUGGCAUUUCUCAUAUGCCUGAAGAUAUUUUGCCCGUCCAAGCUGAAGAACAUUUCGUGGGUCAUCACAGUAGAGAACCAACUGAUGUUGUGAAGAUGAUUGAAACGGAGGUCUCCAGGAAGCCAGAACAAGCACCAGCUUUAGAGAUGGCUGAAAUGAAAAAGGAGAUAUUAGUCACAUGUAGUAUUUCAAAAAGAGAUGAAAGCUUCGCAGAUGUGGUCCUACCUAUCAGUGAGGCAUCACUGGAAAGGCAAGAAAUUACACAGAAUGAAAAGUAUGCAGUGAACGAUAGUUCAAUCCAGAAGAAACAUGUCACCACUGAAACAGAGGUGAUCAUUCAAAGACAAGAAGAAGUUCCCAAGAAAAGUACUGAAGCCAAGAGAUCACAGACAGAACCUCCUCAGACUACACCAGUAGUUAAAGCAAAAGAGAUUGGAAACGAAUUAGAUAAAGUGCAUGACAAAGAUGAGAAGACCCAGGCUGUAGCAUCUUCUGUGUCAGAAGUUAUUUCUUCUACAAAAGAACCAGAAUUGGUGAAGCAACCUGAACCCGUUGCACCCAAACCAACUGUGGUUCCAGUUGAACAGAAAAGAUUGCCUCCUUCAAAAGAGCCCACUGUUGAAAAGAAACCAGUACCUGAAGCACCAAAGCCGACUGUGGCUCCAGUUGAACAGAAAAAAGAGCCCACUGUUGAAAAGAAAACAGCACCUGAAGCAUCAAAACCAACCGUGGCUCCAGUUGAAAAGAAAGUACUGCCUGCUCCUAAAGAGCCAACUGUUGAAAAGAAAGCAGUACCUGAAGCACCAAAACCAACCGUGGCUCCAGUUGAAAAGAAAGUACUGCCUCCUCCUAAAGAGCCCACUGUUGAAAAGAAACCAGCACCUGAAGCGCCAAAGCAGACUGUGGCUCCAGUUGAAAAGAAAGUACUGUCUCCUGCUAAAGAGCCAAUUGUUGAAAAGAAAUCAAAGCCAGUUGUUGAAAAGAAACCAGUACCUGAAGCACCCAAACCAACCGUGGCUCCAGUUGAAAAGAAAGUACUGCCUCCUCCUAAAGAGCCAACUGUUGAAAAGAAAGCAGUACCUGAAGCACCAAAACCAACCGUGGCUCCAGUUGAAAAGAAAGUACUGCCUCCUCCUAAAGAGCCCACCGUUGAAAAGAAAGCAGUACCUGAAGCACCAAAACCAACUGUGGCUCCAGUUGAAAAGAAAGUACUGUCUCCCCCUAAAGAGCCCACUGUUGAAAAGGCACCAGUUCCUGAAGCACCAAAGCCGACUGUGGCUCCAGUUGAACAGAAAAUAUUGCCUCCUAAAGAGCCCAUUGUUGAAAAGACACCUGAAACUGAAGCACCAAAACCAACAGCAGCUCCACUUGAACCUAAACUUUCUCCUCCUACAGAUGCAGACGGCCCUGUCACUGCUCCAGGUCCUCCACCAAAAGAUGGCAAACCUAAGGAUGAGUCACCUUUCGGAAGAGGCAGAGGACUAAGACCAAGACAAACUCCUUCUCCCGGUGAUGGCGGAAGGGGUAGAGGGCUCAGACCUGGUGGUGGUGGUGACAAACCACCGGCAGAAUCUCCUUUUGUCUACCAGCUCAAAGCCGUCCCACUUAAGUUUGUGAAGGAGCUCCAGGACAUUGUGUUGCAGGAGGCCGAGUCUAUCGGUUCCUCGGCUGUAUUCGAGUGUCAGAUCUCUCCAUCUACCGCUAUCACCAGCUGGAUGAAAGAUGGCAACAAUCUGAGGGAGGAUCCAAAACACAAAUUCACCUCUGAUGGCAAAGACCGCAAACUGCAAAUCAUUGAUGUACAGCUGUCUGAUACCGGAGAGUACACAUGUGUUGCAAAGCUUGGCAACAAAGAGAAGACCUCAAAAGCUAGACUUGUAGUGGAAGAGUUACCUGUGAAAUUCACAAAGAAUCUGGAAGAAGAAACAUCUGUGAUCAAGGGGCAGCCAAUGUAUCUGACCUGUGACCUGAGCAAGGACAAGGAAGUGAUCUGGAAGAAGAAUGGGGAAGUGAUCGAACCAACCACUGGCAAACUUGCAAUCAACAUCAUCGGGCUUUCACAGACCAUCACGCUCCAGGACUCAAAUGAUGAGGAUGCUGGUGUUUACAGUUGCGAGGUUGUGGGUUUGGAAAACAUAAAAACUCAAACCAACGUCAAGAUUAUCGAAGUCGUUAGGGACUGGUUAGUUAGACCUUUGAGGGAUCAGCACGUGAAGCCCAAGACCACAGCUACAUUCAAGGGUGAGCUCUUCAAGGACACUCCCAACUGGAAGUGGUUCAAGGGCGAUGAGGAAAUUCCCAUUCCUGACCCUACGGGCAAAGUCGAGGUCACGAAGGAAGGCAAAGAGGUCACUCUUACAAUCAAGAAUGCCCAGCCUGAUGAUGUUGCUGACUAUACCAUAGAGGUCGAAGGCCGCAGAUAUGCAGCAAAACUGACUCUUGGUGAACGUGAAGCUGAGAUUUUGAAACCUCUUGUCAGUGUGGAGGUGGUUGAGAAAACGGAGGCCAACUUUGAGACGGAAAUUUCAGAGGAUGAUGUGCCUGGAGAAUGGAAACUUAGAGGACAGGUUCUGACAAGAUCACCGACGUGUGACAUCAAAGCCGAGGGAACAAAGCGAUUCCUUACUAUCAAAAAUGUGCAGCUUGACCAGGCUGGUGAAGUUUCAUACCAAGCUCUGAACGCUGUGACAAGUGCUAUGCUCAUAGUGAAAGAGAUUGAUAUGGACUUCACAGUCCCUUUGAAGGAUGUUACAGUGCAUGAAAAGAAACAGGCAAAGUUUGAGUGCCUUAUCACUAAGGAUGUGCCUAAAGUGAUUUGGUUAAAGGGUUCUGAUAUCAUUACGCAAGGAAAUAAGUACGAAAUCAUUGACGAUGGAAUGAAACACAUAUUGAUUAUAAAUAACUGUGAAUUUGAGGAUGAGGGGGAAUACAGUAUUGAGGUCAUGGGCAAAUCGUCAAAAGCCAACCUAAUGGUAGAGGGUAUGAGGCUGAACUUCAUCUCAGCAUUAAAGGACCAAACUGUGAAGGAAGGUCAAACCGCUCUGUUUGACCUCGAACUUUCUCACGAGAAUGUCUCUGUCACAUGGUAUAAAAAUGAAAUAAAAUUGCAUCCGAGCAGAACCGUGUUGACUGGUGUGGUGGGAAAGAAACAUACCUUAGAAAUUAAGGAGGUAACUCUAGAUGAUACUUGCCAAAUUAAAGCAGAAGCUAAAGGAAUAUCGACAACGGCUAAGCUGCUGGUAAUAGAGGGAGAUGCAUAUUUCACUGAGAAACUGCAAGAUUUCACCGCUGUUGAGAAAGACGAAGUCACGCUUAACUGCGAGCUGAGCAGAGAUGUACCCGUGAAAUGGUUCCACAAUGAAAUCGAAAUUAAAGCCUCCAAGAUGAUCAUUAUAAAGACCGAUGGCUUGCGAAGAACCCUUAACAUUAAGAAAAUCGAACAAAAGGACAAAGGAAUUUUUGUUUGUGACUGUGGGUCAGACAAGACCACUGCGACCAUGACCAUCGAAGGUCGUGACAUCAAAGUGGUUCGUCCCAUGUAUGGCGUUGAGCUGUUCGAUGGUGAGACGGCUCGCUUUGAAGUGGAACUCUCUACUGAUGAAGUCCAGGGCCAAUGGAAACUAAAGGAUGAAGUCCUGUCUCCUUCACCUGACGUUGAGAUAAUUGAAGAAGGUCCAAAGCAUGUAUUGACAAUCUUCAACUGUAGAGUUACCCAAACAGGAGAGGUGGUCUUCCAAGGAGAAAAUGCUAAGUGUUCUGCGAAUCUUAAAGUCAAAGAUUUGCCUAUUACUUUCGUCGUACCCUUGAACGACGUGCACGUCUAUGAAAAAGAUGAGGCCAGAUUUGAAAUCGAGUUGUCAAGAGUGGCAAAGUCCUUCUCUUGGUUCAGGGGAGCUCAAGUGCUGAAGACCGAUGAGAAAUUCGAAAUCCUGACAGAAGAAAAACACCAUACUCUGGUGGUCAAAUCUGCAAGUUAUGAAGAUGAGGCCAAGUACAUUUUUGAGGCUGAAGACAAGAGGACAUCUGCCCAACUUGUUAUUCAGGGUAUCCGUCUUGAGUUUGUCAGACCUAUCAAAGAUGUCACCGUUAAAGAGCGUGAGACAGCCGAGUUCAGAAUUGAACUCUCCCAUGAGAAGGUUCCGGUCACCUGGUACAAGAACGAUGUCCGUCUGCAUCCAAGCAAAGUGGUGCACAUGUCCGAAGAUGGCAAGAUCCAUACACUGUCCUUCAAAGAGGUCUCCAUCGAUGACACUUCUCUUAUUAAAGUCGAAGCUCUUGGGAAGACCUGUGAGGCGAUGCUUACUGUUCUUGAGGGAGAGCCUUACUUCACCACCAAGUUGCAGGACUACACUGCCGUUGAGAAGGAUGAGGUGGUCCUGAUUUGUGAAGUCAGCAAAUCUGCUGCUGAGGUCAAAUGGUUUAAAGAUGGGAAUGAGAUCACUCCCUCUAAAAACAUCCUUAUCAAAGCUGAUGGAAAGAAACGUGUCCUGAUUGUCAGGAAGGCAGAAAAGGACAACACUGGCGAAUAUGUGUGUGACUGCGGCUCUGACAAAACAGCAGCUAAGCUUAAUAUUGAAGAGCGUGACAUCAAGAUUGUCCGUCCACUGUACAGCGUUGAGGUCACAGAGACCGAGUCGGCUCGCUUCGAGACAGAAAUUUCUGAGGAUGACGUCCAUGGACACUGGAAACUCAAAGGAGAGGCUCUGCACCAGUCCGCUGUAAGUAUUUUCUCCAAUUCAUUUUUUGUUUGUUUCAUAUUAAUCCACGAAUUAAAUGUGCUUGUUUAUUUCACUCUUCAGGACUGUGAAAUUAAGGAGGAAGGCACCAAGCACAUGCUUAUACUUUACAAUGUGCGCAUGGACAUGGCUGGUAGUGUGGACUUCAACGCUGCUAACGCUAAAUCCUCUGCUCAGCUCAGAGUUAAAGCACGCACGAUCGGCCUGCUGCGACCUCUUCGGGAUGUCGCUGUUACGGCUGGAGAGAACGCAACCUUUAGCUGUGAGCUCUCAUAUGAGGAUAUUCCUGUCGAAUGGUUUGUUGGCUCAACAAAGAUGGAACCGAGUGACAGGGUGGUCACCAAAGUAGACGGUAGACUGCAUUCCUUUACCCUGAAAGAUGUCAAGAUGGAAGAAGCUGGGGAUGUAAAACUUACAGCAAAGGACUUUGUGACCCAGGCUAAACUUACUGUAAACGAGCCACCAGUUGAGUUCACCAGGCCCUUGGAGGACCAAACCGUUGAGGAAGAAGCCACUGCCAUUCUGGAGUGUGAACUGUCCAGGGAGAAAGCCGAUGUCAAGUGGUUCAGAGAUGGGCAGGAGAUUCGUAAAACCAAAAAGUAUGAGAUGGUGGCCGAAGGAAAAAUAAGACGACUAAUAAUCAAGGACUGUAGCCUUGAUGAUUCUAAGACGUAUACAUGUGAUGCAAAGGUGUUCAAAACAUCUGCUUUCCUGAAUGUUGAACAUCCAUUUGUUGAAUUCACUAAGCCUCUUCAUGAUGUUGAGGUUAGGGAGAAGGAAACUGCCAAGUUUGAAUGCGAAGUGUCCCGUGAAAGUGCCAAGGUCCGCUGGUUCAAAGAUGGCAGUGAGAUCCGAAAAAGCAAGAAGUAUGAGAUAAUUGCCAAGGGAUUGCAGCGUAUUCUCAUUAUCAGUAAGGCUGUCUUUGAUGAUGAGGCCGAGUAUGAAUGUGAUGCAACGACAUCCAAAUCCUCCGGAAUGCUGACUGUUAUCGAGGAGGAGGCUAUAUUCACGAAGAACCUCUCCAAUGUUGAGGGCACUGAAACAGAAAGCAUUAGGAUGAUUUGUGAGGUCUCCAAACCUGGUGCGGAUGUUAGAUGGUACAGAGGUGACCAGGAGAUACCUGAGGGUGGUAGAUAUGAACAAAUUUCAGACGGAAAAAAGAGAAUUCUCAUCAUACAGGACCUCCGUACGGAUGAUGUUGGGGAAUACUAUUGCAAGCUGCCUUCUUCAGAGACAUCAGCAACUCUUAAGAUCAGUGAAUUGUCAGCUGAGUUCAUCGCGAAGCCUCAAAACCAGGAGGUCGUUGAGGGUGAGAAGGCCGAGUUCACUUGCACAGUGUCCAAGGAAAUGUCUGAAGCCAAAUGGUUCAGAGGAGACGCUGAGCUCACAACCGACGACAAGUACGAAAUUGUCAGUGAUGGCAAGAGGAGAUCGCUCAUUAUCAAAAACUGUGAGCUUAAAGAUGAGGGUGCAUUCACUGUUCGCAUCGACUCAGUCAAAGCUUCGGCAGACUUGGUUGUGAUUGAAAAACUGAAGAUUAUCACUCCCUUAAAAAAUACCAAAGUUAAGGAAGGACAAGAGAUUGUUCUUAACUGUGAAGUUAACUCAGAGGAAGCCAGAGCCAAAUGGCUGAAGAACAACGAGACGAUUUUUGAGAGCAGCAAGUUUGUCAUGGUUCAGAGAGACAAUGUCUUCCAACUGAGAAUCAAAGCUGGAGAGAAGUCAGAUGAAGCCAACUACACAGUAAUGCUGACAAACCAUCGCGGAGAACAAGCCAAGUCCUCUGCAGACGUCAAUGUGCUGGAGGAAGAACUCCGAAUCAUUGUGCCACCAGAAGACUGUGAAAUAAUGGAAAAGAAGACCAUCGCCUUUACCUGCAAGGUGAACAGGCCAAAUGCGACGGUUCAGUGGAUGAAGGCUGGUCAGGAGAUCGCUUUGAGCAAACGCAUCGUGUAUCGUGUGGACAAAGACAAACACUCCCUGACCAUUAAAGACUGCAGCCUUGAGGACGAGGGUGAAUACACCGUAGUUGCUGGCGAAGAUAAGGCCACAGCAGAACUCAUAAUCUGUGAGGCACCCCCUGACUUCACCUCUCACCUCAAAGAUCAAACCGUCACUGAGUUUGAGGAUGCUGAGUUUGUUUGCAAACUGUCUAAAGAGAAAGCCCAAGUUAAAUGGUACAGGAGUGGGCGUGAAAUCAGAGAAGGACCAAGAUAUCAUAUGGAGAGAGAUGGAAAGGAAUGCAAGCUCAUAAUCAAGGAGUGCAGACCGGAUGAUGAAUGUGAAUACGCCUGUGGAGUGGAGGACCUGAGAUCAAGGGCACGUCUCUUUGUUGAAGAGAUUCCAGUGGAAAUAGUCAGGCCACCCACAGAUGUCUUUGAGCCACCAAACUCAGAUAUUGUGUUUGAGGCUGAACUAAAUAAAGACAGAGUUGAGAUUAAAUGGAUGAGGAACAACAUGAUCAUUGUCCAGGGUGACAAAUACCAGAUGAUCAGUGAGGGCAAAGUUCACAGAUUGCAGGUCUGUGAGAUCAGACCACGCGAUCAAGGAGAAUACAGAAUAGUUGCCAAGGAUAAGGAUGCCAGAGCCAAGCUUGAGCUUGCAGCUGUGCCUAAGAUCAAGACCACAGAUCAGAACCUUGUAACAGAUGCUGGAAAGCCUUUCCUUAUGACAGUUCCCUACGAUGCUUAUCCUCGCGCUGAGGCCGAAUGGUUUUUCGAAGACACCAGCCUGCCCAGCCAGAACAUUGACACAUCCAAUGAUAGGACUGAGUAUAGGUUAAAAGACCCUAAGAAGUCAGAUAAGGGUCGCUACAAGAUUGUCAUCAAGAACAAACACGGAAAAGGAGAGGCUUUCAUAAAUCUAGACGUUAUUGAUGUUCCGGGACCUGUGAAGAACCUGCAAGUUAUAGACACUGCUGAUGGUGAGGUCAGCCUUGCUUGGGAGGAACCAGAAAGUGAUGGUGGAAGCAAGAUCUUGGCUUAUGUGGUUGAGAGACGUGAUAUCAAUCGCAAGACCUGGACAAUAGCCACAGAUCGUGCCGACAUUCCAGAGUAUUGUGUUGGCGGAUUGCAGAGGGAUAACCUGUAUCUCUUCCGUGUAUGUGCUCGUAAUAGAGUCGGACAUGGGGAGCCUGUUGUCACAGAUGAGGCAGUUCAAGCCAAGAACAAAUUUGAUGUGCCCGAUGCACCUCAGAAUGUUAUGGUUGGAGAUGUCAAUAGGUUUGGUGCCACAGUUUCUUGGGAACCACCUCUGUUUGAUGGAGGAUCUGAUAUCACAGCUUACAUCAUUGAGCUCCGUGACCGUACAUCUGUGAGAUGGGAGCCUGCCUUGGUGGUUAAAGCUGAAGAUCGCACAGCCACACUUAAUGAUGUUGUCGAGAACAAGGAAUACAUCUUCAGGGUCAGGGCAGAGAACAGGGCUGGAAUUGGUCAGCCAAGCGCUGCCACACAUCCAGUGAAAAUUAUGGAUCCCAUUGAGAGGCCAAGUCCGCCACUGAACCUAAACUACUCAAAUCAGAACAAAGAGUCUGUUCAGCUGUCAUGGGAGACACCCAUCAGCAAUGGAGGCAGCAUAAUUACAGGCUACGUCAUUGAAAAGUGUGAAGAUGGUACUGACAAGUGGCUGAGAUGUAAUGCAAGGCUUUGUCCAGACCUUUAUUACAGGGUUUCUGGAUUGAAGUUUGGUCAGAAGUAUCUCUACAGAGUAUGUGCAGAAAAUGCAGCUGGAUUGUCUGAUCCAGCUGAUGUUCUUGGGCCGCUCUUGGCCGACGAUCCUCAUGUGGGUCCCACUUUGGAUCUCAGUGGAUUCAAAGACGGUCUGGAGGUCAUUGUUCCCAAUGCUCUUCACAUCCGAGUUCCAAUUACGGGAUAUCCCUUGCCCAAGGCCAAAUGGUCAUUCGGCGAUACCGAGCUCACCGCAGGUGACCGUGUUUCCAUGUCCACCAAACCUACAUACACUGAACUGGUUGUUGCACCAAGUGUUCGUCCAGACAAAGGAACAUAUACCUUACAACUGGAGAACGACGUCACAUCUGCUUUCGGAGAGAUUGACGUCAAUGUUAUAGCAUGUCCAAGUGCACCCAAAGACUUCAAAGCCGCUGAGGUGACCAGACACCACGUGCAUCUGAUGUGGGAGGCACCAGAACAUGAUGGAGGAAGCCCUGUAAUCGGGUACAAUAUUGAGAAACGAGAGGUUUCCCGCAAGACCUGGGUCAAGGUGAUGUCAGGUAUUGAGGACCUUGAGUUUACUGUCACGGACGUCAUCGAGGGCAAGGAAUAUUUGUUCAGCGUCAUUGCUUGUAACAAAUGUGGACCAGGAGAACCAGCAUACAUUGAUGACCCUGUGAACGUGUCCUCCCCAGCAACUGUGCCUGAUCCACCUGAAAACCUUAAAUGGAGAGACAAAUCAGCAAAGGGCAUCUUCCUAUUCUGGGAACCUCCCAGAUAUGAUGGUGGUGCACCUGUUAAGGGCUAUAUUGUUGAUAAGUGCCAGCGUGGCACUGACAAAUGGGAGGCCUGUGGAGAUCCAAUUCCUGAUCUGAAGUACCAGGUCACUGGUCUUGUUGAAGGUCAGUGGUAUUCCUAUCGCAUCAGAGCAGUGAAUAGACUUGGAGCCAGUCGACCAUGCAGGGCUACAGAUGAGAUCCUUGCUGUGGAUCCUAAAGAGCCACCAGAGAUCCAACUUGAUGUUAAGCUCUUGGCUGGCUUGACUGCCAGAGCUGGCACUAAGAUUGACCUUCCUGCUGAUGUGCUGGGCAAACCUGACCCAAGAGUGAAGUGGACAAAGGCUGACUUAGUCCUUAGACCAGAGGCAGAUGAUAGAGUUACCAUUGAGACCAAACCUGGCCAUUCCAUGCUGUCCAUUGCAAACACAACCAGAGCAGACACAGCCACCUACAUCAUCGAGGCCGUCAACACAAGUGGCCGUGCAACUGCCACAGUUGACGUCAACAUUCUUGACAAACCUGGUCCUCCAGCUGCUUUCGACAUCUCUGAAAUCACAAACGAGUCAUGUUUUUUGGCCUGGAAUGCCCCCAGAGAUGAUGGUGGCUCCCCUGUCACAAACUACAUUGUGGAGAUGAGACCCACAGAUAAAGAGGAGUGGCAAAAACUAUCUGCUACCAUUAAGUAUACUACUUUUAAAGCCUCAAAGCUGGUGCCUAUGAAGGAGUAUGUCUUCAGGGUUUCUGCUGAGAACCAAUAUGGCAUUGGCAGUCCAGCCGAGCAUGUGCCUAUUACUGCAAAGUAUUCCUUUGACACUCCUGGGGCUCCAACUAGGGUUCAGCCUUCAGAUAUCGCAAAGGAUGCUGUAACUCUAACUUGGUAUGAGCCUGAUGAAGAUGGUGGAAGUCCCAUUACUGGGUACUGGGUUGAGAGGUUUGAUCCUGAAACUGACAAAUGGAUCAGGUGUAACAAACUGCCAGUCAGGGACACAACAUUCAGGGUGAAAGGUUUGCCAACUAAAAAGAAAUGCAGGUUCAGAGUUUUGGCUGAGAAUCUUGCAGGACCAGGAAAGCCAAGUGAUGAGACCUUGCCAGUUUUGAUUAAAGAUCCAAUUGAUCCUCCUUGGGCUCCUGGAAAACCAUACAUCAAAGACACUGGCAAGACUUCAAUGGACCUGCAGUGGAACCGGCCUGAACAUGAUGGUGGUGCUAAGAUUGAGUCCUACAUCAUUGAGCUUCAAAAGACUGGAACUGAAGAAUGGGUGCGUGUAGCUGAGGAUGUGCCAACAACAGAGCACCUAUUGAAGGGCCUAAAGGAGAAUCAGGAGUAUUCGUUCAGAGUCAGGGCCGUCAAUGUUGCUGGAGAGAGUGAAGCCAGUGAUCCAAGUGACCCUAUCGUCUGCAAGGAGAGACUUCAUCCCCCAUCUGCCCCACGCUGGCUUGAAGUGGUCAACAUAACUAAGAUUAACUGUGACCUGAAGUGGACAGAACCAGAUAGUGAUGGUGGCUCUCCGAUCACCAACUAUGUUGUUGAGAAAAGAGAUGUCAGACGCAGGAACUGGCAGUCUGUGGACACCACAGUAAAAGACACCAAAUAUACUGUCACUCCACUGAUUGAAGGUUCUCUGUAUGUUUUCCGUGUCGCAGCUGAAAAUGCAGCUGGUAUUGGCGAGUUCUGUGAGCUCGAGGACUCUGUUCUGGCUAAAGAUACUUUCACAACCCCUGGACCACCUUAUGCUUUGACUGUUGUCGAGGUCACCAAAAGACACGUUGACCUCAAAUGGGAGGCACCCAACAGUGAUGGUGGAAGACCCAUUACCAAAUAUGUCAUUGAGAAGAAAGAGAAAGUAGGCACCCGCUGGGUAAAGUCUGGAAAGACAGCUGGCCCUGAAUGCAAGUACAGGGUGACCGAUGUCGAUGAAGGCUCUGAGGUGCAAUUCCAGGUCCGUGCCGAGAACGAAGCUGGAGUUGGAGACCCAAGUGAACCUACUGAUGUCAUGACCAUUGAGGAUGCAAUAAGCAUUCCUUCUGCUCCAAAUGAUGUGAAGAUUGUAGAUGCAAGCAGAGAGCACAUCAACAUUACCUGGAAAGCUCCUGAAAAGGAUGGAGGAAGUCCAAUCACUGGUUACCAUGUUGAGCUGUCUGAAGCUGGAACCGAAAAAUGGAUGAGGAUCAAUGCUCGUCCUGUCAAAGAGCUGAGAUUUAAGGCUGAGGAAGGCAUCAUUCCUGAAAAACAAUAUGUUUUACGAGUUCGUGCCAUUAAUGCUGUUGGUGUCAGUGAUCCUUCUGAGAUUUCUGACGGCGUCUUUGCCAAAGAUCCUGACUGUAAACCAACCAUUGAUCUUGAGACCCAAGACAUUGUGGUUGUGGAGGGUGAAAAGCUGCACCUAAAGAUCCCAUACCGAGCAAUACCAAAACCAUCAAUGGUCUGGAAAAAGGGUGACACUGAACUAAAGACUGAAGACAGGCUCACACUGACAUGUGAUCUCAAUCGGGUUGAUCUGGAGCUUCUUAAGUGUAAACAUGAAGAUGCUGGCACAUAUACCGUAACUCUUGAGAACAGCCUGGGUUCAGUAACUGGCACAAUAAACGUAAAAGUGAUUGGCCUGCCUGGACAAUGUAAAGACAUCUCUCCCAGCGAGGUUACCAAGAGCUCUUGCAAAAUCUCUUGGGAGCCCCCAGAGAGCGACGGUGGCAGCCCAAUCUUGCACUAUGUUCUGGAGAGGAGAGAAGCUCAAAAGAAGACAUAUUUACCUGUGAUGUCUAGAGACAAUGUUUUAAACUUUGUGGCCAAAGACCUUAUGCUUAACAGUGAAUAUUACUUCAGAGUGAAGGCUGUUAACAAGAUUGGCAGUGGCGAAUACCUUGAGCUUCGCAAUCCUGUGAGAACAGAAGAACAGAAACAACAUCCCGACCCACCAGUUGAGGUUGAAGCACACAAUCCCACCUCAAAUUCCGUCACGGUUACCUGGCAGGCACCAGCAUAUGAUGGUGGAUGUCCAAUCACAGGCUACGUCCUUGAGAUGAUUGAAAAAGAUGGUGACAGAUUUGAGAGAUGCGUUCCUAACCUGGUACCUGGUUUCUCCUACACAAUCACCGGUUUGACAGAAGGAAAAGAAUACCAGUUCCGAGUCCGUGCGGAGAACAUCGCAGGAGCAAGUGACCCAUCUCGCAGUACUCAACUGAUUAAGGCGGCUGAUCCUGUUGAACCACCAAAGGUAUCACUCCAUCCCCGCAUUGUGUCUGGUCUCAGCAUUAGAAAGGGAGAGGAGAUUAAACUGGAUGCCUUCAUAUCUGGAUCACCAUACCCAGCGGUUACAUGGCUCAGAAAUGAUGAGAACGUCAGGCAGCCACCAGCUAAAAAGAAACCAGAUUACACUGUGAAGAAGAAAAAGAAGACGAAGAGCUUUCAGCCUGAGCCUGAAGAGGUUUUCCAUCCUCCCCUAUUAGAUCGCCUGUCAUACGACCAGAGCAAACGGGGUGAGACUGCAUUGAUGGUGCGUGAUGCCAUCAGAACUGACCAUGGGAAGUUCACUAUUAGAGUCGAGAAUCCUCAUGGUGUUGCAACGGCAUCUUGUGAUGUCAAUGUUCUUGAUAAGCCUGGCCCUCCUGUCAACUUCGGAUUUGAUGAGAUAAAGAACAUCUCUGUCACUUGCACAUGGGAUGCACCUCUCGACGAUGGUGGCAGUGAGAUCAUCAACUACAUAUUGGAAAAGAAAGACAACACUACCGAUGAGAUUGGUUGGGUAACUGUUACUUCAACCCACAAAGGGUACAAUUACCCUGUAACCAAGCUUAUUGAAGGAAAGGAGUACAUCUUUAGAGUCACUGCCGAAAACAAGUUUGGCUGUGGACCACCAUGCUACUCAGAACCACUUAUUGCAAAGAAUCAGUUCGAACCACCUGAUGCUCCCAACAUGCCAAGAAUCGGGGAGGUCUCUUCCAACUCUGUAGCCCUCAGCUGGCAUGAGCCCAAGGACAAUGGUAGCCCUAUCCUUGGCUAUUGGAUUGAGAGACGUGAAGUUAACAGCAAAUACUGGACCAGAGUGAACCGCAAUCUUCUCAAUUCCCUGGCGGUUAAGGUUGAGGGUCUUAUGGAGGGCCUUGUUUAUGUCUUUAGAGUCUGUGCUGAGAAUCUUGCUGGCCCGGGAGAGUUCAGUGUACCAACUGAUCCUCAGGCUGCAAUGGAUCCAAUCUUACCACCUGGUGCACCUGUACCGAAAAUUGAUGAUGUCACAAACACAACCAUCGAUAUUUCUUGGGUACCUCCAUUGUACAACGGAGGUGGAGAAAUCCUUGGAUAUCAUGUUGAGCGCUGUGUGGUUGGGGGGAAGGAAUGGGUCCGCUGUACGGAGUACAGAUGCAAGGACCGGAAGUUUACCAUUACUGGAUUGACUGAGGGAGCCGAUUAUAACAUUCGUGUGUUUGCUGUAAACGAUGCCGGUAAUGGAGCCCCAGGCAUGACUGAACCUGUUCAGGCCAAAGAACCUGAAGAGGCUCCAGCGGUUGACUUUGAUAUUUUGGUGAGGAAUGGAGUCAUCAUUAGAGCUGGCGAAACACUCCGUCUACCGGCUGUUGUUACUGGCCGACCUUUGCCAGAAUUGAAGUGGACGAAAGAUGAUGCUGAACCAGACAAAGAACAUGUAGUUAUUGAGACAGAAGGAAAGAACAGCAUUUUAAGCAUCAAAAACGCUUUGAGAUCUGACCAUGGCCAAUACCAAAUCACCGGUACCAACCCAAGUGGAACAAAGUCUGCAUCUGUUAGGGUUGAUGUGAUGGAUGUUCCUGGACCAGUGAUUGAUCUUAAGACAGUUCAUGUCAGUAAGAAGAUGAUUUCACUUACCUGGUCAGAUCCUCUCGAUAAUGGUGGAAGUGACAUCAUAGGCUAUAUUGUCGAGAGAAAAGAUGCCAAAAUGCACAUUUACAGACAACCCUUGGAAGUUGCUGCUUGCAAAUGUGACAUUGUAGGUCUUCUUGAUGGUGAAGAAUACAUGUUCCGUGUGGUUGCGAAGAACAAAUUUGGCCUUGGUACUCCGGUUGAUCUUGGACCUGUAUUAGCAGUGGAUCCCAAAGGAGUUCCUUCUGCCCCUGAGAAGCUCCACUACACAGAAAGGACCAAAAACACCAUCACUUUAACUUGGCUACCACCUCGCAGCGAUGGCGGUUCUCCAAUCAGAGGUUACUAUGUUGAAAAGAUGAGAGAAGACAGCACUGAAUAUGAUGUUGCCAACCACCAAAUCUGCAAAGAUCUCACCGUCACAAUAGAAAACCUGUCUGAAAACACGAACUACGACUUCAGAGUGAAAGCUGUCAAUGAGAUUGGGGAAGGACCAUCAUCCAGAUCAAUUAAUGUUCAAAUUCAUGAUGAUGAGCAUGCACCACGCGUUAAGUGGUUGAAGACCUUUAAGAGUGAUGCCAUUGUUGUUAAGAAAGGAGUAGCUAUUGAAAUUCCUGCUGAAAUUCAUGGUCUGCCCUUGCCUACCUUUGAGUGGACAAAGAAUGGAGUAGUUAUUGAUGCACCCACUGAGACAAUGACACUGGAAUCAGAGGAGAUUAACAGACAAACCAUCAAUACCAAAAUUGGCAUCCCUGAAACUGUAAGACAAGACACAGGCAUGUAUAAGCUGACUGCCAAAAACUCACGUGGAACAGGUCAGCGCACAAUCCGAGUGGAUAUCUUGGAUCGCCCAAUGCCACCAAGGAAUAUUGUGGUCUCUGAUAUCAAAGCUGAGUCUUGCUACCUUACCUGGGAUGCUCCAGAGGACAAUGGUGGAAGCGAGCUUCUUAACUACAUUAUUGAGAAGAGGGAUGCCAGCAAAAAGAAGACUGACUGGGAACAGAUAACAUGCUGUGUCAUUGACAGACGAUAUGGGGUGUACAAGUUGGAAGCCUACAGUACAUACCAGUUCCAGAUCAAAGCUGAGAACAAGUACGGAGUCAGUGAUGGUUGCGAAUCAGAAAAGGUUGUACUCAAAGAUCCAUUUGGCCUUCCUGGCCCACCCUUGAGGCCAAGAAUUGUCAGUCACACCCGCUCAUCCAUGCUGGUGACAUGGGAGCCUCCAGCAGACAACGGUGGCUCAACCAUACAAGGUUAUUGGAUUGAAAAAAGAGAGAGGGGAGCUGUCUACUGGAGUAGGAUUAAUAGAGCAUCAACAACAAAACCAGCAAUCAAGGGUCUGGAAUACAAUGUUCUCCACCUUAUUGAUGGUAUCGAGUACCAGUUCCGUGUAAUGGCUCAGAAUGCAGCUGGAAUCGGACCUCCAAGUGAAGCAACAGAGUGUGUGUUUGCAAUUGAUCCAAGAAACCCUCCAGGUCCACCAGCAGCACCUGUAGUAACAGACAAAACCACAAGCAGCGUGUCUCUUUCCUGGACUCCACCGGAAAAAGACGGAGGUUGUCCAGUCAAGGGUUACAUUGUUGAAGUUCAAGAUGAAGGGUCAUAUGAUUGGAGAAGAAUAAAUACACCGGACAAGCUGAUCCUCACCAAUACAUACACAGUGCCAGAGCUUAAAGAGAAUAAGAAAAUCAGGUUCAGAAUUGUUGCUGUCAAUGAUUCUGGUGAAUCUGAACCAAGUCCUAGAACUUCCGAUAUCAUUGUACAGGACAUUGUGGAGGAACCGAUCAUAACCCUGGAAGUCACAGCUAAUGAGCUUCUGAAUUGUCAUGCUGGAACAACCAUCAAGAUUCCAGCCACCAUCACAGGUAGACCCAUUCCAAAUGUCACAUGGGAGUUUGAUGGAGCUGCCCCAACAGAGAAAAAGAAUGAGCGACACACCCUGCCCAAGGAUUCAGAGGUUUCAUCCACUGAUACAAGAUCAGUAGUAACAAUCCCUGUGAGUAAAUUAAACCACUCUGGACGAUACAUUAUCACUGCCAACAACCAAGCUGGUACCAAAGUUGCUAAAGUGCAUGUAACUGUGCUUGAUCUACCUGGGCCUCCUAAAGAUCUCAAAGUCAGUGACAUCACUCGUGGAACAUGUAGGUUAACAUGGAAACCUCCAGAUUGUGAUGGUGGUGACAGAAUCAAGAGCUACUUCAUUGAGAAAAAGACAGUGGAAGGAAAGGCCUGGACAAAGGUCAAUCCUUCUUGUCCUAAUCAGUCCUUGCUUGUGCCAGACCUCUUUGAGGGACAAGAAUAUUUUUUCCGCGUACGAGCUGAGAAUAAAUUCGGUUUGGGACCUCAUAUAGCAACAAUUCAACGGACUAGAGCCAGUGAUCCUAUCCAUCCUCCUGAUCCUCCCACAAGAGUCAAAAUCGUUGAUGUUUCGAAGGGCAUUGUGACUCUGACAUGGAAGCCACCGAGAAAUGAUGGUGGAUCACCUGUGACUCACUACAAUGUGGAACGUCUUUGGUGGGACAGCAGUGGAAACCAACAGGAGUCCUGGAGACAGUGCAAUCGCCGUGAAAUUGAGGCCACCACUUUCAAAGUGGAGGACCUCAACGAGGGUGCCGAAUAUGAAUUCCGUGUCAAGGCUGUGAAUGAGGCUGGUGCAAGUAGACCAUCUUCAACAGCUGGACCCAUUGUUAUUAAGGAUCAGAGCAGGGCACCAUCAAUUGAACUUCCAGAGUUUAUGGAGGUUGAACAGGGAACAAACAUUCAUAUUGUUGCCAAGCUUAAGGGCUGUCCAUUCCCAACACUCACAUGGCAGAAAGCUCCGCCCCACAAGGGUGAUAGAAAGGUUGAUAUUGUGUAUGAUGAACACAUUAACAAGCUUGUGUCUGAUGAUAGCUGCACCCUGCUGAUCCAGCAAGGCAAACGCUCAGAUACAAGCCUCUACACUCUUACUGCUAGCAACAACCUUGGUACAGUUUCUAAGGAAAUGAGGCUUAAUGUUCUAGGACGUCCUGGGCCUCCAUCUGGACCAAUCAAGUUUGAGGAAAUUCGUGGUGAACAGAUAACGCUUUCAUGGCUGCCUCCUACAGAUGAUGGUGGCUCCAAAAUUACAAACUACACUAUUGAGAGACGUGUUGCCAACAGGAAAACUUGGAUUCCUGUCACUAGUGAACCCAAAGAGCGACUUUACACGAUCGAGGGUUUGAUGCCAGGCCAUGAGUAUAUUUUCAGAAUUAGGGCUCAGAACAAAUAUGGUGUUGGUGAUCCUCUUGACAGUGAACCUGAAGUAGCCAGAGAUGUUUUAUUGCCACCUGGCCCAUGUGAAAAGCCCACGCUUUCUAGCAUCACCAUGGACUCCAUGACUGUGAACUGGGAAGAGCCAGACACAGACGGAGGUUCUCCGAUAACAGGCUACUGGCUUGAACGCAAAGAAACAACAUCUAAACGCUGGAACAGAGUAACUCGUGAUCCAAUUAGGCCCAUGCCACUUGGUGUGUCCCACACUGUCACAGGACUCAUUGAGGGAUCUCAGUAUCUAUUCCGUGUGACAGCAAUUAACAUAGCAGGAUGUGGACCUCCAAGUCCGCCAUCUGACCCAACAUUUGCCAGAGAUCCAAUAGCUCCUCCUUCUCCCCCAACCCCCAAAGUCACAGACUGGACUAGGUCGACUGUAGAUUUGGAAUGGAUUCCACCUCUGAAGGAUGGAGGCUCUAAGAUAAUGGGCUACUUUGUUGAAUACAAAGAAGAGGGUACAGAAGCCUGGGUUAAGGCUAAAGACAAGGAGGUUAGAGGAACCAAAUUUGUGGUAACUGGAUUGACACCAAAUGCCUUUUAUAAAUUCAGAGUUGUGGCAUUCAAUGCUGCUGGUCUGAGUGAACCAGGUGAAAUUGCAGAUGCUCUUGAAAUGAAGGACCACAUAAUUACCCCUGUGCUUGAGCUAGACAUCUCUGUAAAGGAGAGAAUGAUUGUUCAUGCCGGAGGUGUUAUUCGUCUCCUGGCUUACGUGUCAGGCCUACCUCCACCUGUGAUAACAUGGAACAGAGAUCAAGGUCCUGUCCCAGCAGAAGCUGUGAUUGAAACCACCUACAUCAGCUGCUCAAUGGUAAUCAAGGACUGCAAUAGGAAGCAUCAAGGUGUUUAUACAAUAACUGCCAAAAACGAUGGAGGAGAGGUGAAGAAAUCUGUUAUUGUUGAUGUACUCGAUGUCCCCGGUCCAGUGGGAGCACCUUUUACCGCAGAGAAUCUAACAAGUGAUUCACUUAAGCUAAACUGGUUCUUCCCAGAGGAUGAUGGUGGAACUGCCAUCUCUAACUACAUUAUUGAGAAGCGUGAAGCUGAGCGCAAGGCUUGGACAGCUUGCUCCUACACAGCUGGCAGACAGAAUGCUAUCGUAAACAAUCUGGUGCUGAAAAAGGCAUACUUCUUCAGAGUUGCAGCUGAAAAUGCAGUUGGAGUCGGUCCGUUCCGCCAAACAACAUGUGAAGUUGUGGUCAGAGAUCGUAUCAAUGUUCCAGAGCGACCAGAAGACCUUGAAGUUACUACCGUUACAAAAGACUAUAUUAGUUUGACCUGGAAACCACCUAGAUAUGAUGGAGGAUCUGAGGUCAUAUCCUACAUUAUUGAAGCUCGCAUGAUCGGAAAAGACAAGUUUGUCAGACUGACCAAAGACAAAUUAAUGGAUCGGCGAUUCACUUAUGAUGGUCUUCGUGAAGGUGACAGCUAUGAAUUCCGUGUCAGUGCAGUGAAUGAAGUUGGUCAGGGCAAGCCAUCCUUCUCCACAAAGGCAAUAACAUGUAGAGAUGAACUUGAGCCCCCUACAAUUGAACUGGACUUCCGUGACAAGGUUAUUGUGCGUGUUGGUGAAAGUUUUGCACUCCUUGGCCGCUACACUGGAAAACCAGCUCCAUCUGUCACUUGGUCUAGAGAUGACAAGGAAUUGAAAGCAGACAGUCACAUCCAGUUCAAAAAUACCCUUACCACAAUGUGCUUGGGUAUUAUCAAAGCUAAACGUGAACACAGUGGCAAAUACUGUGUGACGGUUGAAAACUGCACUGGUGCUCGUAAGGGCAUUUGUAAUAUUACAGUAGUUGAUCGUCCAUUGCCUCCUGAGGGCCCAGUGGUCUUUGAAGAUGUUCACAGAGAUCACAUGGUCAUUUCCUGGAAGCCACCUCUUGAUGAUGGUGGAUCUGAAAUUUCUAACUACAUUAUUGAGAAGCGUGAUGUCAACAGAGAUAUGUGGACAACUGUAACAUCUGCAACAACAAAGACCUUUUGCAAAGUGCCAAAGCUUGUAGAGGGACGUGAAUACAUCAUGCGAGUUAGUGCUGAGAACAUGUAUGGCAUAAGUGACCCACUGGAGUCAGAGGAGAUGAAAGCUAAAGAUAUGUUUAGGGUACCUGAAGCACCUGAGCAACCCACAGUCAAAGAUGUUUACCAUGAUUCAGCACUGGUGAUUUGGAACCGUCCUCGUGAUGGUGGAAAGCCCAUCACUAACUAUAUCUUGGAGAAAAAGGAGCCCUCAUCUAAGAGAUGGUCUCGUGCAACCAGAGAUCCAAUUUACCCUGCUACCCAGUAUAGGGUACAAGAUCUCGUUGAAGGUUGUGAAUAUGAAUUCCGUGUAAUGGCAGAAAAUGAAUUGGGCAUUGGAGAUCCAAGCCCUCCAUCAAAGCCUAUUCUUGCUAAGGAUCCCGUUGUUCGGCCAAGCCCACCUGUUUUGCCUGAGGCUGUCGACAAGACUAAAGAUUCUGUGAGUCUUUCAUGGCGUGUCCCACGGCAUGAUGGCAAAGGCAAAAUCCUUGGUUACUUAAUUGAGUAUCAGAAGCCUGGUGCAAUCGAUUGGAUCCAAGCAAAUGAAACUCCUGAAUCAUGCCCUGACACUAACUUUGUUGUGACAAAACUACCAGAGGGUGGAGAGUUCAGGUUCAGAAUUAUGGCUGUGAAUGCUGCUGGAAAAUCUGAUCCUGCUUAUGUUAAGGAACCAGUGAAAGUUCAUGACAGACUUGAGGAGCCAGAGUUGCUGCUAGAUGCUAACAUGGCACGUGACCACCUUGCCAUGGUUGGAACGGAUAUUACACUGAGUGCUAAAAUUAAGGGCAUGCCAAUUCCCACUGUUUCAUGGAAGAAGAAUGAUGGUGAAGUUCCUGCUCAUUGUCUCCUAGAGGUCACCGCGAGUGGAAGCAAACUUCACAUUAAGAAAUGUACCCGUGCUGACUCUGGCAAUUACACCAUCACAAUUCAAAAUGCAGCUGGAUCAAAAUCUGCUACAUGCACUGUCCUCACACUUGAUAAACCUAAACCUCCAAGGAAUCUAGCUAUCUCUGAAAUUACAAGUGAGUCAUGUUAUCUGACAUGGAAGAAGCCAGAAGAUGAUGGUGGGGCUGUGAUAUCCCAUUAUGUUGUGCAAAAGAAAGAUGUAGCCAGUGAGAACUGGGUUCCGGUUUGUGCUGCAUCUAAAAAGCUUAGCCUCAUGGCUCUGUAUCUAAUGGAGGGAAUACAGUAUCUCUUCAGAGUGGCAGCUGAGAAUCAGUUUGGCAGGAGUGCAUUCGUUGAAACCACGAAACCCAUCAAAGCAGUUGAUCCUCUCUAUCCCCCUGGUCCACCCAAGAAUCUGCAUCAUGUGGAUGCAGAGAAAACCGAAGUAUGGCUCGAGUGGGAGUGGCCUGAUCGCACAGGUGGAAGCGAGAUCACUGGGUUUAUUGUUGAACAUCAAGAGGAAGGUGCCACAGACUGGGUCAACUUCAAGACUGUCAGCAAUCCCCUUUGCCAUGUCACUGGACUUAAAGAGGGAAAAACCUACAGAUUCCGUGUAAAAGCACAAAAUGCUAUAGGCAUUAGCCGACCAGACACCAGUAUACCAAUUACUUGCCAGGAGAAAACAUUGGCUCCAUCUAUUGAAGUUGAUGUGAAACUUAUUGAAGGUCUUGUUGUGAAGGCUGGCAGCACAAUCAUUCUCCCAGCAGUCAUGAUUGGAAUCCCAACUCCAACACCCAAGUGGCUAAGUGAUGGAAAUGAGCUUAAAACUGAGGGCAAAUUUAAAAUCGAUACAAAAGGAAAUUCAACUGUUUUGAAUAUUAGCGAAUGUGUCAGGACUGACAGUGGAGAGUAUGUUCUUACUGUGUCAAACCCUGCAGGCAGCAAGUCGGUUGCUCUGCAUGUCACAGUUCUUGAUGUUCCGUCUGCGCCAGUUGGUCCAGUAAAUAUCCUUGAGGUUACUCCUGAUCAUAUGACAAUCCAGUGGCGUGCACCCAAAGAUGACGGUGGAACACCUUUGAUGAACUAUAUUGUAGAAAAGAAGGAUGUGAAGAAGCCUUGGGAACCAUGGUCAGUUGUGAGUUCUGGAAGCACCAGUACAACUGCCAAAGUGCCACGUUUGGAAAAGGGACGUGAAUAUAUUGUACGCAUACGUGCUGAGAACAAGGUUGGCAUUGGUGCUGCCCUUGAAAGUCCUCCAACUGUUGCUAAGCAUAUGUUUGAUCCACCAGGACCUCCUGGCCGACCGACAUGUUCUGAUAUAACUGAAAAUGCUGUAACAGCUUCAUGGACUGAACCAGAAACCGAUGGUGGAAGCCCUGUAAGCGGCUAUAUCGUUGAACGCAGGGAGAUGACUGGCAAAUGGAUUCGUGUCAAUAAAACGCCAGUCUUGGAUGUAAGAUACAGGAUCUGUGGUCUGUUUGAGGGUAACACCUAUGAAUUUAGAAUCUUUGCAGAAAACGUUGCUGGCAUAAGUGAACCAUCAUAUCCAUCAGACCCAGUAAAGGCUAAGCGGCCAAUUACUCCUCCAGGACCUCCAAGUAACAUUAGGCUGAAGGACUGGAGCAAGUCAUAUGCAGAUUUGGUAUGGAGCAAACCUUCCAGAGAUGGAGGCAGCCCCAUCCUUGGCUAUGUUGUGGAAAUCCAGAAAUCAGGGUCAGCACAGUGGGAUAGAGUAAAUAAGGAUCUUAUUAAGAUUUGUGCAUUUAGAGUACCUGGACUUACUGAAGGCAUAGAGUACAGAUUCCGCAUUAGAGCGUCAAACAAGGUUGGAGAUGGUGAGCCAAGAGAACUCACAGAAACUGUGCUUGCCAAGGACAUCCUUGUUCCCCCUGAAGUAACCGUUGAUGUCGCUUGUCGUGACCUUCUUACAGUUAGAGCAGGGCAGAUCAUUAACCUUGUGACCCGUGUCAAGGGCAGACCUGAUCCUGAAAUCACUUGGACUAAAGAUGCAAGAGUCUUGGGCAGAGAUAAGCGUACUGAGAUGAACAAUAACUUCCCUCUUGCAGAGCUGGUCAUUCAGGAUGCUGUUAGAGCUGAUUAUGGAAAAUAUGCAAUUCAAGCAAAGAAUAGCAGUGGUCAAGCACAAGCUACAAUUAUCGUCAAUGUGCUUGAUAUUCCUGGAGCUUGUCAGAACUUGAAGGUUGCUUAUGCGACUAAAGACUCAUGUAUGGUGUCUUGGGAAAAUCCAGAUGAUAAUGGUGGCACUGAAAUUACCAAUUAUAUUAUUGAGUGCCGACAACCUAGUCAAAGGACAUGGACAGUUGUUUCAUCUGACUGCACCAAACGUCUUAUUAAAGCACCACUUGUUGAGAAUUGUGAAUAUUUCUUCCGUGUGAGUGCAGAGAAUAAAAUUGGUGCUGGUCCUCCUACUGAAACAAAAACACCAGUCCUUGCAGUUGAUCCAGUAGAGAAGCCUGGUGAGCCAGAAAACUUCCAUAUUACUGAAAUCGGGAAGACGUUUGUCUUCCUUAAAUGGAAAAAGCCGGAAAAUGAUGGUGGCAGUCGUAAUCUUGCUUACCAUAUUGAGAAGAAACCCAAAGAAGCAGAUGAAUGGGAAAGACUGCACAAAGGUGCCAUAAAAGAAACAUAUUUUAUGGCUGACAGAUGUAUUGAGAAUAAAAUUUAUCAGUUUAGAGUUCAAACAAAGAAUGAGGCAGGAGAGAGCAACUGGGUGACAACAGCUGAAGUUCUUGUAAAGGAGGAACUUGUACAGCCAGAGCUAAAAGUCAAACUUUUGGGAACUCUUAUUGUUAAAGCUGGAGAGGCCAUUCCAAUUGAGGCAGAGGUUAAAGGUAAACCCCAGCCUGAUAUAAAAUGGUCUAAAGAGAAUUACACCGGAGAUAUCCACAAAAGCCCAAGAGUGCAAAUUGAAACUGCCACCAACUUUACAAAAUUACUCCUCACAAAUUCAAAACGUGGAGAUACCGGAAAGUACAUAAUCACAGCAACAAAUGCUGCUGGAACCUGCUCUGCUGAGGCCAAGGUAAAUGUCCUUGAUAGACCAGGUCCUAUUCAAAACCUGAAGGUCUCAGACAUCUCUGUGGACAGAUGCAAGCUUACAUGGGAGAUCCCAGAAGAUGAUGGUGGAUGUGAGAUCUAUAACUACAUUAUAGAGAAAUGUGAGACAAAGAGAGGGGUGUGGUCAAUUUAUUCAUCAGCUGUUGUAACUAACUCGGCUAAAGUUACUCGCCUUAUUGAAGGAAAUGAAUAUAAAUUCAGAGUGAGAGCUGAGAACAAAAUGGGGGCUGGCCCUGCUGUAGAAACUGAGUCCUUUGUUGCAAGGACCCAAUUUAGCAGACCAGAUGCACCAGAUGCUCCAGAAGUGACCAAAAUUACAAAAGAUGACAUGGUUGUUAUGUGGUGCGCGCCUGAUAAUGAUGGUGGAAAGCCCAUUACUGGCUAUAUUCUUGAGAAAAAAGAAGAGCAUGCCAUUCGGUGGGCACCAGUUUCCAAGUCCCCAACUGCAGGAACACAAAUGACUGUUUCAGGGUUAUUGCCCAAUCAUAAUUACCAGUUCCGUGUUAAGGCUGAAAAUGAAAUUGGAGUUGGCGAUGCAAGCAAACCAUCUAGAUCACUGACAGCAAGAGAUCCAAUUGAGCCUCCUGGCCCGGUGGGUAAUUUAAAGGUGGCUGACAGCACGAAAACAUCAAUCACUCUUUCAUGGACAAAGCCAACAUAUGAUGGAGGUGCUCCUCUUAUUGGAUAUGUAGUUGAGUUGAGAGUCAAGGGCACAAGCAAGAAGGGUGAUGAAAGCUGGAAGAGGUGUAAUGUGGCUGCCCAACUGAUUGGAACAGAAUUCACAGUGACAAGCCUAGAUGAGAAGCUUGAAUAUGAAUUCCGUGUUUCUGCUCAAAACCAAGUUGGCCUAAGUCACCCAACUUAUCUUCAGGAAGCUGUGUCACCAAGAGAAAUUUUCGAGGCUCCUGACAUUGAUUUGGAUGCAGAACUAAAGAAAGGUUUGACUGUUAGGGCUGGAUGCCCAAUAAGAUUAGUUGCAACAGUAAGAGGCAGACCUCCUCCCAAGGUCGCAUGGAAGAGAAUGGGAAUUGAUAAUGUGGUCCAGAGGGGCCACGUGGAUGUCAUUGACACAAUGACAUUCCUUGUUAUCUCUGACACUACCCGUGAUGAUUCAGGCAAAUAUUCCUUGACUGUAUCAAGUCCUGCUGGAGAGAAGGCAGUGUUUGUGAAUGUCAAAGUUCUUGAUACACCAGGACCUGUUGUUGGUCUUGAGGGUUUUGACAUCACAACGACAUCUUGCGACCUCUCUUGGUCCCCACCUGUCAGUGAUGGGGGCAGCAACAUCACCCAUUAUAUUGUUGAGAAGCGAGAAGUUGACCGCAAGACUUGGGGAACAGUGAAAAACAAUGUUGAAAAUACCACAUUUAAAGUUAGUAAUCUUGUCCCAGGAACAGAGUAUUACUUUAGAGUAAUAGCUGUUAAUGAAUAUGGUUCUGGAGUUCCAAGAGUUACACCAAAAUCCUAUUUGGCUUCCGAUCCUCUCAGCAAACCCGACCCACCACAAAAGGUUGAUGUUUUGGAAAUUACUAAGAACAGUGCAACUGUGGGUUGGGUAAAACCACUGCGGGAUGGUGGCGCUAAAAUUGAUGGGUACAUUAUUGACUAUCUUGAGCUACCAAUGCCUAAACCGCCCAAGGAACCAGUAAAGGUUGAGGGCGAGGCUGAGCCUACUAAAGAGCCUGUGGCUCCACCCCCACCUGAACCUAAGGUAGAGGAAGUGAAGGAGGAAAAGGCAGUAUGGACACCAUACACUGUUGUCAAAGGUUUGAGCAUCUCUGUUGCUGGACUUAAGGAGGGAAGAAGAUAUCGCUUCAGAGUGGCUGCAAGAAAUUCCAUGGGAUCCAGUCUUCCCACAGAGACUAGAGAAGCUUAUGAGAUCAAGGAACAGCUAAUGGAGCCCAAGAUCAUUAUGCCUGAGCUUGUCACUGCAAAGGCAGGGGCAAAGCUGAGAGUUGAGGCCCUUGUGUCUGGAAAGCCAAUGCCUACUUGCCAAUGGAAACGUGGAGAAGAUAAUGUAGUCCCAUCUAGCCGUCUUGCUGUGCAUAAAUCUCAGAAUAUGUGUGUUCUUAUCAUCAAAGAUGUUUCAAGACAUGACAGUGGUCAAUACAGCCUUGUUGCCGAAAACAGCUCUGGCAAAGUUGACCAGAUCUUGAAAAUCAUCAUCAGUGAUAUUCCUGGACCACCUGAACCACCAUUUGAGAUCAGUGACAUUGAUUCUGAUGCCUGCACACUGUCUUGGAACAAACCUCUUGAAGAUGGUGGUAGCAUCAUUACUAAUUAUGUGGUUGAAAAGUGUGAUGUAAGCAGGGGAGACUGGGUUAGUGCUCUUUCCAGCUGUGGCAAAACUGGAUGCAGAAUUGGAAAGCUUAUUCCUGGAAAAGAAUAUAUCUUCCGUGCCCGUGCUGAGAACAGAUUUGGUAUUUCAGACCCCCUUACAUCUGAAAGGAUGGUUGCCAAAUUUCCCUUUGAUGUUCCUGGUGAACCUUUGAACUGCCGCAUCACCAAAGUGAACAAAGACUGCAUGUUUGUGGCUUGGGAUAAGCCUGAGUCAGAUGGUGGAAGUCCAGUUACUGGAUACUACAUUGAACGCAAAGAGAGGAACAGUCUUCUAUGGGUUAAGGCUAAUGAUUCUGUUGUUCGCACAAAUGAAUAUCCUUGUGCUGGCAUAAUUGAAGGUUUGGAAUACACUUUCAGAGUGUCUGCAAUAAACCGAGCUGGACAGGGCAAACCUAGCAAGAAAUCUGAGUUUGUCACAGCAAGAACACCUGUUGACGCUCCUGGAAAACCAGAGGUGCUUGAUGUAACUAAGAGCACAGUUUCACUGGUUUGGACCAAGCCAAAGAACGAUGGUGGAAGCAAAAUACUGGGAUACUAUGUUGAGACCUUAAAGGUGCCAGAGGACACUUGGAUGCGUUGCAACACAAGCGUUCAAAAUGUGCCUCGUGAAGAGUACACUGCAACUGGGCUAGAAGAGGGUGCAAAGUACCGGUUUAGGGUAAUUGCCAAAACUGCAGUUAACAUUAGCAAGCCAUCUGAAGUCACUGAUCCUAUACUGGUGUCUGCAGAGAAUAUACCUCCAAGAAUAGAACUUUCCAUACAGAUGAAGAAAAUGUUGCCAGUAAAGGCUGGGUCAGAUGUUUGUCUUGAGGCUGAAGUUUUUGGCAAACCAAUGCCCAAGGUUACAUGGACCAAGAAUGGAGAGGCAUUGAAAGCUGAUAAAGCCUUAAAAAUGUCUCAAAAGAGACACCUCUUUUAUCUGAGCUUUGAUGCAGUUACCAAACUUGAUACAGGAAACUAUGAAAUCCGUGCAGAAAAUUCAAGUGGUUCUACAACUGCAGAAAUACAACUCAAAGUUCUAGAUAUACCUGGCCCACCAGUCUCUAUCAAAUUUGACGAGGUCCUUUCAGAUCAAAUCAAGCUGAGCUGGAAGGCUCCACUUUCAGAUGGUGGUUCUCCGAUUACAAAUUAUGUUGUGGAUAAACGUGAGACAAGCAGAGCUAACUGGGCCCAGGUCUCUGCUAAAAUCAGUGGUGAUAAAACAGAAUGUCUUGUUGAGAGACUAAUUGAGGGGCAUGAAUACCAGUUCCGUGUUCGUGCAGAGAACCGUUAUGGGGCUGGUGAUGGCAUCAUAUCAGAGCCUGUUGUUGCAAAGAAUCCAUUCACUACUCCUGGAGCAUGUGACCCACCAGUCAUUACAAACGUCACUAAGGAACAUAUGACUGUAAGCUGGAAAGAACCAUCUGAUGAUGGAAAGUCCCCUAUCCUUGGGUAUAUAGUUGAGAAACGUGAGGCCCUGGAAAUAAGCUGGACCAGACACAACAGAAAACCCUUGAUGGAAAGAACAGUUAAAGUUGGAGGGCUCUUUGAGGGAGUGCAGUAUGAGUUUAGAGUUAUUGCUGUCAAUAAGGCUGGCCUUGGCAAACCCAGUGAACCAUCUGAUGCUGUCGCUGCUCUAGAUCCUUUGUAUCCUCCAGGUCCACCUGUAUCUCCCAAGGUCACAGAUACCAGCAACAGCACCAUUAGCCUUACUUGGACUAAGCCUGCAACUGAUGGUGGAAGUGAAAUUUUGGGAUACCUUGUUGAAUGCAAGAGAACUGAUGCUACAGAUUGGAUACGAUGCAAUGUACCUAAAAACCUUCAAGAUACACAUUAUGUUGUCACUGGACUCUUGGAGAAAUCUGAAUACCAACUUCGUGUUACUGCUGUAAAUAAAAUUGGAUUCAGCCAGCCUUCCGAAGUUCCAGAAAAACAUGUUGCUAAAGAUGUUUUCGUUGCUCCUGAGGCUGAGCUUGAUGCAGAACUAAAGGACACUUUGGUCCUAAUGGCUGGCAAUAAAAUGAAACUUCAUGCCAAAAUUAAGGGUCGUCCAACCCCCAGGGUCACUUGGGCCAAGAUGAACACCAACAUUAAAGACAGACAAGGAAUUAUAAUCAAGACCACAGACAAUGAUACAUUAGUUUGUGUUGAUAGAGCAAACCGAUAUGAUGCAGGCAAAUACAUACUGAACCUUGACAGUGUAGCGGGAAUGAAAAUGUACACAGUCAUUGUAAAGGUCCUUGAUACCCCUGGACCUCCAAUGAAUCUAAUGGUAAAAGAGACAUCGAAGGACAGUGCCUCCAUCAUGUGGGAUGCACCUCUUAUUGAUGGUGGAAGUGAAAUUAAAGGUUACAUUGUUGAAAAACGAGAUGCUGAAAGGAAAGCAUGGUCGAUGGUUUCAUCCACUACCAAAACAUCAUUUAAGAUUGAGGAAUUGGAAGCCGGUAGAUCUUACUGUUUUAGGGUUUUGGCUCAAAAUGAAUAUGGUAUUGGUGAGCCAUGUGAAACUGCAGAUGCUGUCAGAGCAACUGAACAACCUGGACCAGUUAUGGACUUUAAGACCUUGCUGGUUACCAAGGAUUCUUGUACCAUUUCCUGGAAAAGGCCUAUCAGUGAUGGAGGUAGCCGAAUCAUUGCAUACGUGCUUGAGGUCCUUAAUGGUGAAGAUAAAUGGAAGGAGCUUCUUAGAUCAAAGAACAUGCAAUAUAGUGCAAAAGAUCUUGUUGAAGGAAGGGAAUACAAAUACAGAGUAAAAGCAACAAAUGAUUCUGGUGAUGGCCCUGUGAAGGAACUCUCUGUAAUUGCACAAGAUUUAAAUGUUCUCCCAAGCUGUGACUUAAGAGACCUGCCGAAUUUGAACUACAUUGCAAAAGAGGGAAGCAAUGUCCGUCUCAAGAUACCUAUCAGUGGAAAACCUGUCCCUGUAGUCACAUGGAAGAAGGGAGAAGAGGAAACUCUCACAGAUACAGGAAGAGUGUAUGUUGAAUCUACAUCUGUGAAUACAACUCUCCUGAUUCGGGACUGCCAAAGGACUGAUGCCUCAAAAUACACUAUCACGCUUCGCAACGCUGCUGGAACAAAAGAAUCCACAAUUUUUGUUAGAGUUGUUGGUAAACCAGGAAUUCCAACUGGACCAAUCAAGUUCAAAGAAGUGACUGCAGAUGGUGCAACCUUAAAAUGGGGUGUUCCUAAAGAUGACGGAGGAUCAGAAGUUACCAACUACAUUCUUGAGAAACGUGAUUCCAUUACAAAUAUGUGGGUCACAGUGUCCUCAGCAGUAAACACAAACACUUUUAGGGUGACAGGUCUCCAUGAGGGUACUGAAUAUAUCUUUAGAGUCAGUGCUGAAAACAGAUAUGGAGUUGGCGAGGGUCUCAGAUCAGAUCCCAUGAUUGCCAAGCAUCCCUUCAAUGUACCAGAUGCACCCCCUCCACCACAAGUAAUGAGUAUGCGUCAUGAUUCAGCAGUCCUUGCAUGGUCUGAUCCAAGGAAAACUGGAGGCUCACCAAUCACAGGUUACCAUGUUGAAUUCAAGGAAAGAAACAGCAUGUUGUGGAAAAGAGCAAAUCCAGCUCCCUUGAAGAUGAGGGAUUUUAAAGUGAAAGGUUUAACUGAAGGUCUAGAAUAUGAAUUCAGAGUUAUGGCUAUAAAUUUGGCUGGUGUUGGAAGGCCAAGUCCUGCAACUGAGGCAAUGGUUGCCUUGGAUCCAAUUGAUGCACCUGGCAAACCUGAUGUAAUCAGCAUCACUAGAAGCACUGUAACACUUCAAUGGACUGAACCCCAGUAUGAUGGUGGACACAGGCUCACAGGAUACAUUGUUGAAAGACGUGAUCUCCCGGCUAAGGUCUGGGUGAAAGCUAACACAUUGAAUGUUGUCGACUGUGCAUAUACCGUAACAGACUUGCAAGAGGGUUGCAAGUAUGAAUUUAGAAUUAGAGCAAAGAAUGCAGCUGGAGCACUAAGUCCACCCUCGGAACAAACGGAUACCAUCAUUUGCAUGGAUGAAUAUGCGGCACCAACCAUUAUAAUUGAUCCAACUGUUAAGGAGGGACUUACUGUCAAAGCUGGUGAUACCAUUGUCAUUACAGCAACAAGCAUUCUGGGCAAACCUCAGCCAACCUCUGUGUGGUCAAAGGGUGGAAAAUAUUUCAAGCCAUCAGAUGUGUGCCAAAUAGAAACUGCCCCAUCGUCUUCUACACUUUAUAUUAAGUAUGCAAGUAGGAAAGAAUCUGGAGAGUACACCAUUACAGCAAGUAAUCCGUUUGGCGUCAAAGAGGAGAAUGUGAAAGUGACCGUCUUAGAUGUUCCUGGACCACCAGGACCAAUUGAAGCAAGUGGAAUUUCAUCUGAAAAGGUCACUUUGACAUGGACACCACCUCAUGAGAAUGGUGGGUCUCCAAUUAAGUAUUACACAUUGGAGAAAAGAGAAACAAGCCGUCUUCUUUGGACCAUUCUUGCUGAAAAAGUUAUUGACUGCCACUUUGUGGCCAAUAAGCUUAUUCAGGGAAAUGAGUACAUCUUCCGUGUUUCUGCUGUCAACAAUUCUGGAGCUGGUGAUCCUUCCCAUUCUGAGCCAGUCAAAAUGGUAGAUCACUAUGGUCCCCCAGGCCCUCCAGCCAAACCAGAUAUUGAAAAUGUGGGAGGGAAUUCUGUUACUAUUGCAUGGAAAAGACCAGUUGAGGAUGGUGGAAGUGAUAUAACAGGCUACAUGGUUGAGAAGAAAGAAAAGAAGGGCAUGAGAUGGACACGGGCAUCUAAGAUAGCAAUUGCAGACCUCCACUUUGAAGUGAAAGGGCUAAAAGAAGGAAUUGAAUAUGAAUUUAGAGUAGCUGCUGAGAAUAAGGCAGGUUUUGGAGAGCCAAGUGAACCUUCACUGCCUGUGAGGACCAAGCUUGUUGCAGAUGUACCUGGACCACCAGUCAACCCUAGAGUCACUGACACAACAAAAACAACAGCCGAAUUGCACUGGGGCAAACCACUUAGUGAUGGUGGGAUGGAAGUCACAGGAUACCUGAUUGAACACAAAAAAGAGGGAGAAGAAGAAUGGGUGAAAGACACAUCUACACCUUUGAGAAUCACAGAAUUUGUUGUACCUGAAUUGCAGGCUGGAGCCAAGUAUCACUUCAGAAUUAGUGCAAUAAAUGGAAUGGGUGUUAGUGAACCAGCACAAACUGAGGAUCUUGUUGCAAUUAUUGAAAGAGAAGAAAUACCAGAUCUAGAACUUGAUUUAGAACUCAGGAGAACAUUAGUUGUUAGGGCAGGGGCCUCUAUUCGUAUAUUUGUUCCUAUUAAAGGUCGUCCAACUCCUUCAGUGACUUGGACCAAAGAGAAUUCCCCAUUAAGGACUCGUGCACACGUUGACAAUACUGAAUCAUAUACCUUAUUGGUCAUCCCUGACUGUAACAGGAAUGAUGCAGGAAAAUAUGACUUGACAUUAAAGAAUGCUGCUGGAUUGAAGACUGCCUCUGUGAAUGUAAGAGUGUUGGACUCUCCUGGACCUCCUCUAAAUCUGAAACCCACGGCCAUUGACAAAGAGAGUGUCACAUUGCAAUGGGAGAUGCCUCUUAUUGAUGGAGGUGCAAAGAUUACCAAUUACAUAAUUGAGAAAAGGGAGUCUACCCGGAAGGCAUAUGCUACAGCAAUCACACAAUGUGGAACACGCUCUGUUAGAGUUCCUGAUUUAGGAGAGGGUUUAGAAUAUUAUUUUAGAGUAUCUGCUGAAAAUGAAUAUGGCAUUGGUGAAGCAGUUGAAACCCCAGACCCCAUCAGAGUAUCUCAGGCACCCACUCCACCACAAAAUAUUACUUUUACUGAUGUCACAAAGAACACAGUCAGCCUUGCAUGGACAAAACCAAAACAUGAUGGUGGAAGUAGAGUUACUGGAUAUGUAGUUGAGGCGCAAAAGAAGGGAACAGACCAGUGGGCCCAUGUGACAACUGUUAAGGCUCUGGGCUGCAUUGUGAAAAAUCUUAAUGAAAAUGAAGAAUACAUAUUCCGUGUGAUGGCCGUGAACAAUUCUGGAAGAAGUCAACCUUGUGUAAGCCGACUUGUUGUUAUCAGAGAACAAAAUUCUCUGCCAGAAUUUGACCUUAGUGGUGUGUGUAAGAGGGUAGUUAUCGCCAAGGCUGGAGAUAACAUAAAGGUUGAGGUGCCUGUUUCUGGACGUCCUAAACCAACAGUUUCAUGGCAGAAAGACAAUCAACCCCUGAAACUUUCACAACGGUUAUUGACUGAAAAUACCUCCACCUCAACUAUCUUAAUCAUUAAUGAAUGUUUAAGGAGUGACAUUGGUAUAUAUUCAAUGACAGGGAAGAAUAUAGUUGGCUCAGUCACAGAUAGCAUUACGGUAAAAGUGCAUGAUGUGCCUGGACCACCAAAGGGGCCAGUUAAACUCGACAAAAUAACACGUACGUUCAUUGAGUUCUCCUGGGAUGCUCCUGAAAAUGAUGGAGGAGUGCCAAUUAAUAACUAUAUAGUUGAAAUGAGGGAAACUACGAGUCAAACAUGGGUAGAAUUGUCCUCAUUGAUCAUUCGCACAACAUUCAAAGCAACACGUUUAACUACAGGUGUUGAGUACCAAUUCCGUGUCAAAGCCAAAAAUAGAUAUGGCACAGGGCCUCCAAUAACCUCAGAGGCAGUGGUUGCUGCAUAUCCAUUUAAGGUUCCUGGACCACCAGGAACACCCAAAGUUGUUGCUUUCACAAAGGAUACAAUUACAGUUGGCUGGAAUGAGCCUGUUUCUGAUGGUGGAAGUGAAGUCACUGGUUACCAUGUUGAAAGAAAAGAGAGGAACAGUAUUGUCUGGCAGAGGAUUAGCAAGACACUUGUGGCCGGAAAUCUUUUUAAAUCCACAGGGCUAGAGGAUGGUAUUGCAUAUGAAUUCCGUGUGUUUGCUGAAAACAUUGCUGGAAUUGGAAAACCAAGCAAAGCUUCUGAACCAAUCCUUGCUCUGGAUCCAGUAGAUCCACCUGGCCAACCUGUGCCCAUCCAUGUGUCCAAAAAUGCUAUCACUAUUCAGUGGACGAAGCCAGAGUAUGAUGGUGGAUUUAAGAUUACUGGGUAUUCUGUGGAAAAGAGGGACCUUCCAGCUGGACGUUGGACAAAAGCUAACUUUACAAAUAUUAUUGAAACUACUUUCACUGUAAGUGGCUUGACACAGGAUUCAUCUUAUGAAUUCCGAAUACUUGCAAGAAAUUCUGUUGGUGCUGUCAGUAAUCCAUCAGAUCCAUCAGAUCCAAUUACUUGCAAAGAUGACAUUAUAGAACCAAGAAUUAUGGUUGAUGCCAAAUUUAAAGAUGUUGUGCUUGUAAAAGCUGGAGAGAUGUUCAAACUUGAAGCUGAUGUUGCAGGCCAACCAUUACCAUCCAUGGUUUGGACCAAAGAAGGAAAAGAUGUUGAAAACACACCCAAACUACAAAUUAAAAUGACAGAUCUUACAGCAACAUUGAUCAAUAAGGAUUCUAUUAGAAGGGAUGGUGGUGAAUUUGUUCUGACAGCAACAAAUGUUGGAGGUUUUGCAAAGCAUGUCUUCAAUGUGAAGGUUCUUGAUAGACCAGGACCACCAAGGGGACCUCUGGCAGUUUCAGGUAUAACUGCAGAAAAAUGCAUGCUCACAUGGAAUCCACCUGAUGAUGAUGGUGGGGCAAACAUUGAACAUUAUAUUAUUGAAAAACGUGAAUCAAGCAGACUUGCUUGGACAAAUGUAGCAUCAGACUUGCAGGUUAACCAGUGUCAAGUAACAAAAUUACUUAAAGGAAAUGAAUACAUUUUCAGAGUUAUGGCAGUUAACAAGUAUGGUGUUGGAGAACCUCUAGAAUCUGAGCCAACCAUUGCUGAAAAUCCAUAUGUACCACCAAGUCCCCCACAAACACCUGAAAUAACAGCCGUCACCAAGGAUUCAAUGGUUCUCUGUUGGGGAGCACCAACCAGCAAUGGUGGAAGCAAAAUUACUAGUUAUCGCAUUGAAAAGAGAGACAGGAUUAGUUUGCGUUGGGUUAAAUGUAACAAAAAGAAUGUUACUGACUUGCAUUUCAAGGUAUCUGGCCUUGUCCCAAGCCAUGAAUAUGAAUUCAGAGUUUUUGCAGAGAAUGCAGCAGGAAUAAGUGAACCAAGUCCUUCAUCACCAUUUGUGAAGGCUACAGACGCUCUUUUUAAACCAGGGCCACCUGGCAACCCAAGAAUCCUAGACACAACAAGUUCUUCGAUCACACUUGCAUGGAACAAACCAGCAUAUGAUGGUGGUUCUGAAAUCACUGGGUAUAUAGUCGAAACCUGUCAACCUGGAACUGAGGAGGAAGAAUGGACAAUUGUCUCCCCUAAAGAGGGGGUAAAGGGAACUUCAUUUACAAUUACAAAUCUUAAAGAAAAUCAGGAAUACAAAAUCAAUGUGUCAGCGGUAAAUAGUGAGGGUAUUGGAGAACCAGGAUCUGUUCCUGGGUUACACAAAGCAGAAGAAAGACUUGUCCCACCAGAGGUUGAUCUUGAUGCUGAUCUUCGCAAGAUUGUAAACAUCAGAGCUUGCAAUACACUGAGGCUUUUUGUGCCAAUUAGAGGUAGACCAACACCAGAAGCCAAAUGGACAAGAGAGAAUGAUGAACCUUUAGAUAGAGCUACCAUUGAAACUACAUCAUCUUUUACAUCACUUGUUAUUGGUAAUGUGAAUCGAUUCGACAGUGGCAAAUACAAUUUGACCGUAGAAAACAGCUCUGGAACAAAGACUGUUUCUGUGAUUGUUAGAGUUUUAGAUACACCUGGAGCACCACAAACCCUAAAAAUCAGUAGGGUCACUAAAGAAUCUGUCUCACUUGUGUGGGACCCUCCACUAAAUGAUGGUGGCUCAAAAAUUAAGAAUUAUGUUGUUGAAAAGCGUGAGGCAACCAGAAAGGCAUAUGCUACAGUCAAUGCUAUCUGUCAAAAAACUACUUGCACAGUUGAUCAACUCCAAGAAGGAUGCAACUACUACUUUAGAGUUCUAGCAGAAAAUGUAUAUGGCAUUGGUCUUCCUAUUGAGACUGGUGAAUCAGUCAAAGUUUCUGAGAAGCCACUUCCUCCAGGCAAGAUUACACUUAAAGAUGUCACACAGAAAAGUGUCACAUUAUCAUGGGAGAAACCUGAACACGAUGGAGGAAGUAGGGUGGUUGCAUAUGUUGUUGAGAUGCAGAGUAAAGGUAGUGAGAAAUGGGUCCAAGCUGUGAUUGUUAAGCUACCUGAAGCAGUUAUUACUGGACUUGUACCUGGUGAGGAAUAUAUGUUCCGUGUUUCUGCAAGGAAUGAAAAGGGAACCAGUGAUCCUCGUCAAAUGGGUGUACCUGUAAUUGCCAAGGACCUUGUAAUUGUUCCAUCUGCUAAGCUGUUGUUUUCAACAUUCAGUGUUUUGGCAGGAGAGGAUUUGACAAUUGAUAUUCCAUAUGUAGCUCGUCCCAAUGCCACUAUUUCAUGGGUGAAGGAAGCAGCUCCACUUAAACGAACAACCAGGGUAAACUUUUCUUCCACAGAUUCACAGCUCAGUCUAGUAAUCAAAGAGGCUUGUAGAGAAGAUGUUGGUCAGUAUAGCAUCAAGCUAUCUAAUACAGCUGGUGAAACAACAGCGGAAAUUGGAUUGGUUGUUCUUGACAAACCUGGUCCACCUGCAGGUCCUGUAAAAUUUGAAGAAAUAACAUCUGAGAGUGUUACUAUUUCUUGGAAGCCUCCUGAGUAUGAUGGGGGCUGCACUAUUAACAAUUACAUAGUAGAAAAGAGAGACACAUCCACAACUACAUGGCAGUUUGUAUCAGCAAAUCUAGCAAGAACUAAAAUUAAAGUGGGAAGAUUAAAAAGAGGCACUGAAUAUCAAUUCAGAAUCGCAGCAGAGAACAGAUAUGGCAAAAGCCCUCUCCUUGUGUCUGAGUGUGUUGUUGCACAGUAUCCUUACAAAGUGCCAGGACCUCCUGGAACACCCUUUUUGCAAUCCUCCACAAAAGAUACUAUGGUGGUGGUGUGGAAUGAACCUGUCAUUGACGGUGGAAGCACCAUCUUAGGAUAUCACCUUGAACGGAAAGAGAGAAAUAGCAUUCUUUGGAUAAAAUUAAACAAAAGUUUAAUCCAAGACACAACUUUCAAGACUACAGGUCUUGAUGAAGGCCUGGAGUAUGAGUUUAGAGUUUAUGCUGAAAACAUUGUUGGUAUUGGCAAGGCUAGCAAAAUCUCAGAAGGCUAUGUUGCCAGAGAUCCUUGUGAUCCUCCUGGAACACCAGAAGCACUCAAGAUCACAAAGAGUUCUGUUACAAUUGUAUGGACCAAGCCAGAGUAUGAUGGUGGAAGCAAAGUCACUGGAUAUAUUGUGGAGAAGAAGGAAUUGCCUGAGGGACGAUGGAUGAAAGCAAAUUUCACUAAUGUAAUAGAGACUGAGUAUACAGCAACAGGCCUUACAGAGGACCAGAAAUAUGAGUUCCGUGUCAUUGCAAGAAAUGCUGCAGGAGUUUUCAGUGAUCCUUCAUAUAGUACUGGACCUAUUAUAGCAAAGGAUGAGAUUGAACCACCGCGUAUCAGCAUAAAUCCAGAGUACACUCAGACUCUUUUAGUAAAUGCAGGAGACAGUUUUAAGAUUGAUGCUGAUGUUCAUGGGAAACCAGUACCUACAAUACAUUGGAUGAAGGGUGAGCAGGAACUUGGAAAUACUAUACAUCGUGAAAUUAAAAGCACAGAUAGCUUUACCUGUCUGACUGUAAAGGAGGCCAAACUUGCUGAUGGAGGACAAUAUACACUAAUGCUACGAAAUCCAGGAGGAGAAAAAGUUGUCAAAGUGAGUGUCCGUGUCCUAGAUAAACCUGGGCCACCGGAGGGACCUAUCUCCAUCACUGGUGUAACCAGUGAGCAGUGCUUUCUUGCUUGGAAGCCACCUAAACAGGACGGAGGCAGCAAGAUCACUCACUAUAUUGUUGAAAAAAGAGAGACUAGCAGACUACUUUGGUCUGUGGUUGAGCCCAAAGUUCAAGCUGAAGAUCUUAAAGUUACAAAACUUCUGGAGGGAAAUGAAUACAUUUUCAGAGUUUUACCAGUGAAUCAGUUUGGUGUUGGUGAACCACUACAGUCAAGUGCAGUUACUAUCAAGAAUCCAUUUACACCUCCAGAUCCACCAAAAGGAGUGGAGGUUUCUGAAGUCAAGAAAGAUUCAAUGGUCUUAACCUGGGAGACCCCAACAAAUAAUGGUGGUACUCCUAUAACUGGCUAUAUUAUCGAAAAACAUGACAAAGAAGGUGUUAGGUGGACCAGAUGCAACAUGAACACAGUUACUAACCUUACAUUCAAAGUUACUGGACUCCAUGAAAAUCACCUUUAUGAAUUUAGAGUUACUGCUGAGAAUGCUGCUGGAAUUAGUGAGCCAAGUUCUGCAACUGUAUUCUAUAAAGCUGUAGAUCCUAUAUUCAAGCCAGGUCCACCAAAUAAUCCAAAACUGAUAGACAUGACAAAAUCGUCUGUUGUACUUUCAUGGGGAAAGUCUAUUUAUGAUGGUGGCUGUGCGAUCCAGGGAUAUAUUGUUGAAGCAUGUGAAGUAAAAGCAGCUACAGAGGGGGAAAAGGUUUCAGAAGAGGGCAAGGCAGUUGCUGAGGAAUGGACAAUGUGCACCCCACCAACAGGUGUUAAACUGACACACUUUACUAUAGAAAAUUUGAAAGAAAAUCAAGAAUACAAAUUCAGGGUUUGUGCAGUUAACAAAGUUGGUGUUGGAGAGCAUGCUGAUGUUCCUGGGCCCAUCCUGCCAGUGGACAAAAUAGAGGAACCAGAUCUUGAUAUUGAUCCUGAGUUUAGAAAGCUCAUCCGAAUUAAAGCUGGAUGUUCUCUUAGGAUGUUCAUUCCUUUCAAAGGAAGACCAACCCCACAAAUCAAAUGGGAAAAAGAUGGUGGGUCAGUUAAGGAAACAGCACAGAUUGAGACCACCAGCAGUUACACUUAUCUUGUGAUUGAUCAAAUUAACAGGGCAGACAGUGGUAAAUACACUGUGACAGCAGAAAACUCUGCUGGUGCAAAAUCUGAAAUUAUAAGUGUUAAAGUCCUUGACACACCAAGUGCUCCCCUCAACCUCAAAGUGGAAGAAAUCACAAAAGAAUCUGUUACUCUUACAUGGGAGCCUCCGUCUUUGGAUGGUGGAGCAAAGAUAAAAAAUUACAUUGUUGAGAAACGUGAGAGCACUAGAAAAGCAUUUUCCGCUGUUGUCACAAACUGCCACAAACUUUCAUGGAAAAUUGAACCACUUCAAGAAGGCUGCAGUUACUAUUUCAGAGUACUUGCAGAAAAUGAACAUGGUGUAGGAUUACCUGCAAGUAUUGUAGAUCCCUUGAAAGUUUCAGAGGUGCCACAGUGUCCUGGAAAAUUAAGUGUAGUAGAUGUUACUAAAACAAGUGUAUCUCUAGCUUGGGAAAAGCCAGUUCAUGAUGGUGGCAGUAGAAUUCUUCAGUAUCUUGUUGAGAUGCAAGUUAAGGGUAACGAGAAAUGGUCUAGUUGUGCCAAUGUAAAAUCAUUAGAAUGUGUGAUUAGUAAUUUGAACUCUGGAGAAGAGUAUACUUUCCGAGUAAUUGCUGUCAAUGAAAAAGGAAAGAGUGACCCAAGAACACUUGCUGUCCCAGUGCAAGCAAAGGACCUUGUCUUUGGACCUGAUGUAAGACCUGUAUUUAGCAAUUACAGUGUUCUUGUUGGAAAAGACCUCCAAGUUGAAAUUCCAGUUUCUGGUCGCCCAAAGCCAAAGAUUACAUGGACAAAGGAUGGUGCACCACUUAAAUUCACAACAAGGGUAAACAUUUCUAAUACAGUGCACAGCACUAUUCUUAGCAUUAAAGAAGCAGCAAGAGAAGACAGUGGAAUGUAUGGAAUCAAUGUGUCUAAUGCUGUUGGACAAAAAGAUGCCUCUAUUGAAGUUAUCACUCUUGAUAAGCCUGGCCCACCAACUGGCCCUGUGAGAUUUAAUGAGAUAACUAUAUCAAGUGUUACAUUGUCAUGGGAUCCACCUAAGUUUACUGGUGGUUGUCCAAUUUCAAAUUACAUUGUACAAAAACGAGAUACAACAACCACAACAUGGGAGAAUGUUGCUAGUUCAGUAGCAAGAACAACACUGAAAGUGCCACGACUAAAGACUGGUGUUGAAUAUCAAUUCAGAGUCAUUGCUCAAAACAGGUAUGGCAAGAGUUAUGCUUUGGACUCUUCAGCUGUCAUUGCUCAGUAUCCAUAUAGAGAACCCGGACCACCAGGAACUCCAUUUGUGUCAUCCCUGUCUAAGGACCAUAUGAUUGUUGAAUGGAAUGAACCAGUUUCAGAUGGAGGUAGCAACAUUAUUGGAUACCAUCUUGAGAGGAAGGAAAGAAACAGCAUUCUUUGGACAAAGAUAAACAAGACAGUGAUUCAAGAUACAAGAUUCAAAACCAGUCCUUUAGAAGAAGGUAUUGAAUAUGAGUUCAGAGUCUAUGCUGAAAAUAUUGUUGGCAUUGGCAGAUGUAGUAAAAUCUCAGAGGGCUGUGUGGCACGUGAUCCAUGUGAUUCGCCUGGAACCCCAGAAGCUAUCCAUAUCAGUAAAAAUUCCAUAACCAUCCAGUGGACAAAGCCAGAGUAUGAUGGUGGAAGUGUUAUCACUGGUUAUACUGUUGAGAAACGUGAUCUUCCAGAGGGACGCUGGGCAAAAGCAAGUUUCACAAAUGUAAUUGAAACCAAUUUUACUGUCACUGGGCUAACAGAAGGUGCCAAGUAUGACUUCAGGGUAAUUGCAAAAAAUGCAGUUGGCACUAUCAGCAAACCAUCAUACAAUAGUGGACCCAUUGCUGCACUGGAUGAGGUAGAGCCACCAAAGUUCUCAAUUGAUCCAGAAUACACCCAGGCCCUUAUUGUGAACGCAGGAGAUACAUUUAAACUUGAUGCCGAUGUCCAUGGUAAACCACUUCCCACAAUACAAUGGUUUAAGAAUGACAAAGAGCUUGAAAGCACACUUAGAUGUGACAUCAAAAACACUGACAACAGAGCAUUAGUCACAGUAAAAGAUGCAACCAGGCAAGAUGGUGGAAACUACACCCUUCAGAUCACUAAUAUUGCUGGCUCACAGACUGUUCCAUUUCAUGUCAAAGUGCUUGACAAACCAGGUCCACCAGAUGGGCCUCUUCAUGUCACAGGUGUUUCCAGCAAUAAAUGCACUAUAUCAUGGCAAGCUCCACAAGAUGAUGGAGGAAGCACUAUUACUCAUUACAUUAUUGAAAGGCGUGAAACAAGUCGCCUUGCUUGGACUGUGGUCAGUAAUGAUUGUAAAGAAACAGUAUACAAAGUGACAAAGCUUCUGGAAGGUAAUGAAUAUAUAUUCCGUGUCAUGGCUGCCAACAGUUAUGGUGUUAGUGAAGCAAUUAUUACACCAUGCAUAAUAAUGAAGGAUCCAUUUGGUCACCCUGGAUCACCACAGAUUACUGAGGUAACAAAUAUAGCAAAGGAUUCUAUGACUAUUUGUUGGAAUGCACCAGACAGUGAUGGUGGAAGUGAAGUUCUUGGUUACAUCAUUGAGAAAAGAGACAGAUCUGGAAUUAGAUGGACACGAUGCAACAGACAGAAAGUCACAGAUGUAUGUUUCAGAGUGCAAGGGCUAAUUGAGGAUCAUGAAUAUGAAUUUAGAGUAUCAGCUGAAAAUGCAGCUGGAAUUGGAGAACCAAGCCUGCCAACAUCAUACUAUAAGGCUUGUGAUCCCAAAUUUAGACCCGGCCCACCCAUGCAUGGGCAUGUUGUCGAUACAACAAAGUCUUCAAUUACAGUGGCAUGGGCAAAACCCCUUAAUGAUGGGGGAUGUGCAAUUCAAGGAUACAUUGUUGAGAUCUGCAAAGCCGAAGAGGAGGAAUGGAUUAUGUGCACUCCCCCUACUGGAUUACGAGUAAACAAAUUUGAAAUUACUAAACUAACAGAACAACAGGAAUAUAAGAUUCAAAUAUGUGCCAUCAAUAAAUUAGGUGUUGGAGAACCUUUGGUUAUUCCAGGAACUGCCAAACCUGAGGAUAAGCUAGAGGUCCCUGAAAUUCACCUUGAUUCAGAGCUCAGAAAAGGCAUUGUUGUCCGCGCUGGAGGAUCAGUUCGAAUCAAUGUACCAUUUAAAGGUAGACCUACACCAAAUAUCAAAUGGACUAAAGAUGAAGGCGAACUGUCAGAAAAGACAGUGGUUGAAAAAGGUCUUAACUUCACCCAACUAUCAAUUGACUCCUGUGAUAGAAGGGACUCUGGAAAAUACACUGUGGUGUUGGAGAACAGCAGUGGCUCUGUAUCUGAAUUUGUUGCAGUUAAAGUGUUAGAUACUCCUGGAGCACCACUGAACCUUGUAGUUAAGGAUGUCAAGAAAGACUCAAUCACUCUUGUUUGGGAACCACCACUUGUUGACGGAGGUGCAAAGAUUAAACAUUAUGUUGUUGACAAGCGUGAAUCUACAAGAAAGGCUUAUGCAAAUGUAACAUCCAAGUGCAUCAGUACAACUUAUAAAGUGGAAAAUCUUACAGAAGGGGCCAUGUAUUACUUUAGAGUUAUGGCUGAAAAUGAAUAUGGUGUUGGUUUACCAGUUGAAACAAAGACUGCUUCAAAGGCCUCUGAAGUACCCGAGCCAGUUGGAAAAGUAAUGUUGACUGAUGUAACUAAAACAAGCGCAUCACUGGCCUGGGAAAAACCAGAGCAUGAUGGUGGUAGUAGGAUUGUUGGCUAUUUGAUUGAAAUGCAGCCUAAAGGAACUGACAAAUGGGGUGUAGCAACAAAUGUAAAAACAUGUGAAGGAACGGUCACUGGACUGACAGCUGGUCAGGAAUAUUUGUUCCGUGUUUUGGCAUAUAAUGAAAAAGGCAAGAGCGAGCCAAAACCCCUUGCUGCUCCUGUUAUUGCCAAUGACCUCACAAUUGAACCAAGCCUUAAGUUGCAGUUCAAUACAUACAGUAUCAAAUCUGGAAAAGAUUUCAAACUUGAAAUACCAAUUUUUGGACGUCCAAAACCAAAGAUCACUUGGACAAAAGAUGGACAGUCACUUAAGGUAACAUCCAGAGUUACUACUUCAAACACAUUAACAUCCACAAUCCUACAGAUUACUGAAGCCUGUAAAGAUGACUUUGGAAAGUAUGCAGUUACAGCAACUAAUAGUGUUCGUGCAGUUACAGAAGAAAUUGGCAUCAUAAUUCUUGAUAAACCUGGUCCACCCACAGGACCAGUAAAAGUAAAUGAAGUCAGCAAUAACUCUGUUUCCAUUUCAUGGGAACCACCAGAGUAUACGGGAGGCUGCCAAGUUAAGCAUUAUAUUGUUGAAAAACGAGAAACUACUGAAAAUACUUGGCAAGUUGUCGCUGGAUCAGUUGCAAGGACAUCUCUGAAAAUUACCAGGUUAAAAACAGGUGCUGAGUAUCAGUUUAGAGUUAUUGCUGAAAACAGAUAUGGUAAGGGUGCUCCCUUAGACUCAAAGUCAGUUGUUGUGCAAUAUCCUUACAAGCCUCCUGGGCCACCUGGUACACCAUAUGUAAAGUCUGCCACCAAGGAUCAAAUGAUAAUUGAGUGGAAUGAGCCAGUUAAUGAUGGUGGUAGCUCAGUAAUUGGUUACCACCUUGAGAGCAAAGAAAGAACAAGUAUUCUUUGGACAAAACUAAACAAAAUCCUUAUUGCUGAUACUGUUUUCAAGAUAUGCAACCUUGAAGAAGGCAUUGGAUAUGAAUUCAGGGUAUAUGCAGAAAACAUUGUUGGUAUUGGCAGAGCAAGCAAAGCUUCUGAGAGCUUUAUUGCCCGUGACCCAUGUGAUCCACCUGGUACUCCUGAGGCUGUGACAAUAUCAAAGAACCAUAUUAAGAUUCAGUGGACAAAGCCUCAGUAUGAUGGUGGCAGCAAAGUGACUGGAUAUAUUGUUGAAAGGAGGGACUUGCCUGAGGGCAGAUGGACUAGGGCAAACUUUACAAAUGUAAUUGAGACCGAAUUUACAAUGACAGGCUUAACUGUAGACAAUCAGUAUGAAUUUAGAGUAAUUGCAAGAAAUGCUUCUGGUGUCUUCAGUGAGCCCUCUGACAGCACUGGACCAAUUACUACUAAAGAUGAAAUCGAACCUCCUAGUGUUUCAAUGGAUCCUAAGUACAAGGAUGUCAUUGUUGUCAAUGCUGGAGAGAAUUUAGUUUUGGAUGCAGACAUCCAUGGAAAACCGACACCUGUUAUCCAGUGGCUGAAAGAAGGAAAAGAAAUGGCUAAGUCGUUGCGCAUUGAAGUAAAAAGUACACUGAAUAAUGCUUCUAUUACAAUCAAAGACUGUACAAGGUUAGAUAGUGGACAUUAUGAUCUUGUUUUAAGUAACAGUGGUGGAACAAAAACAAUUCCAAUAACAGUGAAAGUUCUUGAUAGACCAGGUGCACCCACUGGACCACUACAAAUAACUGGUGUCAUGUCUGAUAAAUGUAACCUGUUCUGGUCUGAGCCCUCUCAGAAUGGUGGUGCUAAUAUUUCCCAUUAUAUCCUUGAGAAAAGGGAAACUAGCAGGCUAUCAUGGACUGUUGUUGAUUCCAACAUUCCAACUGUGAGUUACAAAGUGACAAAGCUUUUGCAAGGUGAUGAGUAUAUCUUUAGAGUUAUGGCUGUCAACAAAUAUGGAGUUGGUGAACCAUUAGAAUCUGAGGCAGUUACUGCACGUAAUCCAUACAAGCCCCCAAGUGCACCAUCAACACCAGAAGCAAGAGAGAUAACAAAGGAUUCAAUGACUCUGUCAUGGAAUGCACCAGAGGAUGAUGGUGGAGCAGAAAUUACAUGUUAUCACGUGGAAAAGCGUGAUAAAGAAGGUGUGAGGUGGACAAAAUGCAACCGACAGAAGUUGAAUGAUUUGAAUUUCAAAGUAACUGGUCUUUCAGAGGGUCAUUUCUAUGAGUUCCGUAUUUCUGCUGAGAAUGAAGCUGGUAUUGGAGAAUUUAGUGAUUUAUCUCUAUUUUAUAGAGCAGCAAAUGCCAUUACUCCACCAAGUCCACCUCAUCAUCCUAAAGUGACAGAUCACACAAGCUCUUCUGUAUCUUUGUCUUGGGGUAAACCUUCUACUGAUGGUGGAGCAUAUGUUAAAGGUUAUAUUGUUGAGAUGAAGGAAGUUUCUUCAGAGGAAUGGAUCAUUUCCACACCACCAGCUGGGAUACAAGCAACACGUCUAACAGUUGAAAACCUGAAGGAGAAUACAGAGUAUAACUUUAGAGUCUGUGCAAUAAACUCUGAAGGAGUCAGUGAACCUGCUGAUGUUCAUGGUUCAGUGACCGCAUGUGAAAAAAUGGAAGCACCUGAGAUUGAACUUGAUGCUGACCUCAGGAAGGUUGUUUCUGUCCGUGCAGGGGGAUCACUUCGCCUUUUCAUUACAAUUAGAGGUAGACCUGAGCCAUCUAUCAAAUGGGAAAAAGAGGAUGGAACUCUAACUGAGCGUGCCCAGAUUGAGUCUACAGGUUCAUAUACUAUGCUUGUAAUUGAUAAUGUCAAUAGAUUUGACAGUGGAAAAUACAUCUUGACUCUUGAAAAUAAGAGUGGCACAAAAUCUUCAUUUGUCAAUGUUAGGGUGCUUGAUACACCAAGUGCUCCACAGAAGUUUGAAGUGAAAGAUGUCAAGAAGGACUCAGCGAUUCUCUGCUGGGAACCACCUCUUACAGAUGGUGGAGUUAAAAUAACUAAUUACGUGGUUGAGAAGCGAGAAUCUACAAGGAAGGCUUAUACAACUGUGACAAGCAACUGCACACAAACUUUCUUUAAAGUUGAAGAACUGCAGGAGGGAGGAAUUUUUUACUUCCGUGUGUGUGCUGUUAAUGUGUAUGGCUUUGGUAUGAUGGCAGAAACAAAAACUCCUGUCAAGGUGGCACAGGUACCUAUGCCUCCAGCAAAAGUAACUCUUGUGGAUGUCACAAAGAAUAGUGUGACACUCACUUGGCUAAAGCCUGUCCAUGAUGGAGGCAGCAAAAUAAUCUGCUACAAUGUAGAGAUGCAACCCAAGGGCAGUGACAAAUGGGGUGUAAGCUGCACAGUUAAGGUUCCAGAAGCUACUGUAAGCAACCUUACACCUGGUGAAACAUACGCUUUUAGAGUUAUUGCAGUAAAUGAGAAAGGCAAGAGUGAGCCUCAAGAACUUGGUGUGCCUGUUGUAGCUAAGGAUAUUGAAAUUGAACCCUCAGUACAUUUACUGUUCAAUACCUUCAGUGUUAAAGCUGGGGGUAAUCUUACUGUGGAAGUUCCUGUAAGAGGCAGACCUAAGCCAGUUGUCUCUUGGAAAAAGGAUGGUCUUCCCCUGAAGCAAACAACCUCUCUUUCAGUCAUCAACACUCUACUGUCAAGCAAAAUUGUCAUCAAAGAAGCUGCUAUUGAACAUGUUGGUAAAUAUGAAAUCACUCUCGCUAAUACAGCUGGUACCAUGUCCACAGAUAUUGCUGUUGUUGUUCUAGAUAAACCAGGGCCACCAGCUUCAGUAAAGGUUGAUGCUGUGACUUCUGACAGUAUUACAUUGUCAUGGACCCCACCAGAGUAUGAUGGUGGAUGCGCUAUCAAUAAUUACAUUGUUGAGAAGAGAGAUACCACUACAACAGAGUGGCAUAUUGUUUCAUCAAAUGUUGCCAGAACAUCAGUCAAGGUUCCUAGAUUGACUCAAGGCUCUGAGUACCAGUUCCGAAUUUUUGCUGUGAACCGCUAUGGAAAGAGUAAGCCAGUCGACUCUCCGUGCAUUACUGCGGAGUAUACAUUCAAACAGCCUGGCCCUCCAUCAACACCCCGUGUUGUUCAUGCCACCAAAGCCUUCAUGUUGGUUACAUGGAAUGAACCUGUUAAUGAUGGUGGUAGCACAGUCCUUGGAUAUCAUUUAGAACGCAAGGAAAGAACCAGUAUUCUUUGGACAAAGGUGAACAGGAUCCUAAUCAAGAAUACUGAAUAUAAAGUAACUGGCAUUGAGGAAGGCAUGGUGUAUAAGUUCCGGGUUUAUGCUGAAAACAUUGCUGGAAUUGGCAAGGCAAGCAAAACAAGUGAGUCCAUGGCUGCAAGAGAUCCUUGUGAUCCUCCUGGUCAGCCUGUGAUAACUAGCAUGACCAAGUCUUCUGUAUCCCUUUCUUGGGCGAAGCCUGAGUAUGAUGGUGGAGCCAAAGUUAUUGGAUAUAUUAUUGAACGUAGAGAUCUCCCACAGGGUCGCUGGGUAAGAUGCAAUUUUACCAAUGUUGCAGAGACCUACUUUGAUGUUACUGGCCUAACAUUGGAUGAACAAUAUGACUUCCGUAUUAUUGCAAAGAAUGCUGCUGGACUGUUCAGUGAGCCAUCUGAUAACACUGGUCCUAUUACAGUUAAAGAUAAUGUAGAUCCACCACGCAUUAUGAUGGAUGUCAAAUUUAAAGAAGUUGUGCUAGUUAAAGCAGGGGAAACCCUGAAGAUUAAUGCUGAUAUUGCAGGACGCCCACUUCCAGUUUCGUCUUGGUCAAAGGAUGGACAUGAACUUGAACACAAAGCAAGAAUUCAGAUAACUGGAACAGAUACUAAUACUAUGAUAGUCAUUAAAGACUGCAAACGAAGUGAUUCUGGACAGUAUUCCUUGACAUUAAAGAAUGUGGCAGGAAGUGUCACAACACCAGUAAAUUGUGUUAUUCUUGAUAAACCAGGGCCUUCAGCAGGUCCCUUGUCAGUUACAGGCCUCACAGCAGAGAAGUGCACAUUGUCAUGGGGACCACCUCAAGAAGCAGGUGGUGCUGAAAUAACACAUUAUGUUGUUGAGAAAAGAGAGACCAGCCGUUUGGCAUGGACACUUGUGGAUGGAGAGGUCAAAACUACCGUAUUCAAAGUCACUAAGCUCCUGAAAGGAAAUGAGUAUAUAUUCAGAGUUUUGGCUGUCAACAAGUUUGGACUUGGUGAAGCACUUGAAAGUGAAAUUGUUAAAGUUACUGAUCCAUACACCAUCCCAGCAGCUCCGACUAAUGUCGAUAUCACAAGUGUGACCAGUGAAGCAAUAACUAUUACUUGGGCAAAGCCUAGUUCUGAUGGAGGAAGUGAGAUCCUUGGAUACAUAGUUGAAAGGAGAGAGAAAUCUGGUAUUCACUGGGUUCGUGUUAACAGAGAGCUUGUGACAGAUUUAACAGCUGAAAUAUCAAAAGUACGAAGAGGAUGUGAAUAUGAAUUUAGAGUUUAUGCUGAAAAUGCAGCAGGUUUGAGUCCAGCUAGUGAUCCAUCUGCUUCAGUAAGGGCUGAAGAUGAACUUCUGGUUCCAUCCCCACCAUCUAAACCCAAGAUUCUAGAUCAUACAAAUAAUUCAAUUACUAUUGCCUGGAAAAAGCCUUCAUCUGAUGGCGGUGCACCGAUUCUUGGAUACUGUGUAGAAUAUAAGAAAUCUGAGGAAGAGGCAUGGGUUGUGGCUAUUCAAAUGACAAAGAGCAACGAAUUCACAAUUUCUGGUCUUACAACUGACACAGAGUAUGUAUUUGCUGUUAAAUCAAUGAAUAAAAUUGGUGUAAGUGAGCAGUCACCUAUUUCUGAGGCACAGUCAGCGACAGACAGAAAAGAGGAGCCUGUGUUUGAGGUUGACAUUGAAAUGCGAAAGACUUUAAUUGUCAAGCAUGGCAAUUCAUUUACUUUGACAGCACGAUUUAAGGGAGUGCCAGUACCUUCAGUUACAUGGAGUAAAGAAGAAGUGGAUCUUAAAGCCAGAGCAAGCAUUGAAACAACUAAAAACUGCACAUCUAUUACUAUUGAGAAAGCAACAAGAAAUGACUCUGGCCAAUACAUUGUUAAUUUAGACAACGGUGUUGGAACUGCAUCUUUGCCAAUAGUAGUCAAAGUUCUCGACUCCCCUGGACCACCAACUAAUGUAAAGAUUACAGAGGUCACAAAGGAUUCUGCUACAGUUAUUUGGGAAGCUCCAGAAAAUGAUGGAGGAGAUGCUGUUAAGGCAUAUCAUGUUGAGAAACGUGAAGCAAGCAAAAAGGCCUGGGUAUCUGUAACAAGCAGCUGUCACAGUUUGACAUACAAAGUAGAAGACUUACAAGAAGGGGCAGUCUACUACUUCCGAGUUAUUGGAGAAAACGAGUAUGGUAUUGGUGUACCUAAUGAAACUAAAGAUGGAACUAAGAUUACAGAAAAACCAAGUCCACCUUCUAGACUUGGUGUUACUGCUGUCACAAAGGAUAGUGUGACCAUUGCAUGGUCAAAACCAGAGCAUGACGGUGGAAGCCGCAUUACCAGUUACCUAAUUGAUGCCCUUGAAAAGGGCCAGCAGAAGUGGGUGAAAUGUGCUGUCGUUAAAACUAAUACCCACACAGUUAAGAGCCUGAGAGAAAAUAGAGAAUACUUCUUUAGAGUUCGUGCUGAGAAUCACGCUGGACUCAGUGAGCCAAAAGAAAUGAUAAUUCCUGUGGUUGUGAAAGAUCAGCUGGAUGCCCCAGAGUUUGACAUGAAGAAUUUCCCCCACAACACUGUUUAUGUGAGAGCAGGAUCAAAUCUUAAGUUUGAGCUUCCUCUGUUUGGCAAACCAAUGCCAAAAGUCACAAUGACAAGAAGUAAUGUUCCAGUUAAAUGUGGAAAGCGAUUUAGCUUUGAAGUAACCCCUGAAAGUCUAAAUAUCAACCUAAAGGAAAGUAUUGCAAGUGAUGCUGGAAGAUAUGACAUUGUUGCCUCAAACACAAGUGGAACAACCAAGAUGUUUGUAAACAUCCUUGUCCUUGAUAGACCAGGUCCUCCGGUUGGUCCCAUUGAAGUUAGUGAUGUGGGAGAGACAAGCUUGUGUCUUAAAUGGCUCCCACCUUUGUAUGAUGGUGGCACUCCUGUCACAAACUAUGUUGUUCUUAAACGUGAAACAAGUACCCCAGCAUGGACAGAAGUGACAUCUACAGUCGCCAGAAAUGCUAUUAAAGUGACCAAACUUACAAAGGGAGAAGGAUACCAAUUCAGGAUAAAAGCUGAGAAUCGCUUCGGCAUCAGCGACCACAUUGAUUCUCAGUCAGUUAUAGUGAAGCUUCCAUACACUGUUCCCGGACCACCAUCAUCACCAUGGGUUGCCCUUGUGUCAAGGGAAAGCCUCACUGUAUGCUGGAAUGAGCCAGUAAUUGAUGGAGGAAGCCCUGUCUUUGGAUACCAUGUUCAAAUGAAAGAAAGAAGCAGCAUUCUUUGGCAGACAGUGAACAAAACAGCAAUCUCUGCAACUCAAAUUAGAGUGUCAAAUAUAUGUUCUGGAAUGAUUUAUGAGUUCAAGGUAGCUGCACAAAAUGCAGCUGGUAUUGGAAAGUUCAGCAAAACUUCUGAAGAAGUACUAGCCAUUGAUGCCUGUGAACCACCUGCAAAUGUGAGAAUUUCCGAGGUUACCAAAAAUUCAGUUAGCCUUGUUUGGCAGAAACCUCCAUUUGAUGGUGGAAGUAAAAUUACCGGGUACAUGGUUGAGCGAAGAGACGCUCCAAAUGGCAGAUGGACAAAGGCAAACUUUACCAAUGUCAUUGAUACUAACUUUACUGCGUCAGGCUUGACACAGGAUCAGUCAUAUGAAUUCAGGGUCUUUGCCAAGAAUGCAGUUGGUUCUGUGAGCAACCCAUCACUGAUUGCGGGUCCAGCAACUUGUGUUGAUAUUUCAGGUGCACCAGUUAUUGACCUUCCUCCAGAGUACUUGGAUGUUGUGCAAUACAAAGCUGGUGCAUCAAUUAAGAUUAAAGUGGGAAUAACUGCUAAACCAUUGCCAACCAUUGAAUGGCUUAAAGACGGAAAGGAAUUAGUGUCAAGUGCACAGCUGUCAAUUGAGAACACAACUGAUUCAUCCGCCAUCCUUAUUAAGGAUUCCACUCGUCUUAAUACUGGAACGUAUGAGAUCAAAAUCAGGAAUGUGUUUGGCACAGCAUCUGCUUCCAUUAGAAUACAGAUUCUAGACAAACCUGGACCUCCAGCUGGACUAAUCGAAUUCAAAUUAGUCACUGCUGACAAGAUAAUACUUGCAUGGGAGCCAGUGGUUGAUGAAGGAGGUGCCAAAGUAACUCAUUACAUUGUAGAAAAACGUGAGACAAGUAGAGUAGUGUGGUCCACAGUCUCUGAAGCAACAGAACAACGUAUGGUCACUGCACAGAAGUUGGGCAGAGGAAAUGAAUACGUCUUCCGUGUCAGAGGCGUUAAUAAAUUUGGAGCUGGAGAACCUCUGGAGUCUGACCAUGUUAUUGCCAAAAAUGCAUUCGUGACACCAGGACAGCCUUGUACACCAACAGCAACAGAUAUCACCAGAACAUCAAUGCAGAUUGUUUGGGAUGUACCUGGUGUUGAUGGUGGUAGCAUGGUCACAGGCUACUAUUUAGAAAGACGUGAUAAGAAGAGUCUACGUUGGGUAAAGGUGUACAAAGACCCCAUUAAGGACACCAAAGCGAAGGUCCAUCAUCUUACAGAAGGAAAUGAAUAUCAGUACCGUGUAUGUGCAAUUAAUAAAGCUGGGGAAGGUCCACACUCAGAUCUUUCUGAUUUCUACAAAGCUGCUGAUCCAGUUGACCCACCAUAUGAACCAACUAAGCUGAAAGUUGUUGACUCAACUAAAACAUCAAUCACACUUGCGUGGUCAAAACCAGAAUGUGAUGGAGGCAGUGAAAUCCUCAGCUAUGUUGUAGAGAAAAAAAUUGGUCAAGAAGGGGAAUGGACAGUGAUUAGCCACAAGGGAGAAGUUAGAACUACAGAGUAUGUUGCUUCAGGUCUUAAACCAGAUGUUGACUACUACUUCCGUGUAUCUGCUGUCAAUUGUGCUGGUCGUGGAGACCCAAUAGAAAUGGAAGAAUCAGUCCAAGCCAAGGAUAUUCUUGAGGAAGCCCAGGUUGAUACUGAUGUUGCAAUGAGAACUCACUACAUUGUGAAAGCUGGUAAAGAUAUUGAAAUUAUGGUCCCACUUAAAGGCAGACCUGCUCCAAGUGUCUCUUGGAAGAAAGAAGACCAAAACAUUGAUAAUGAUCCUAAAUAUGACAUUCACAACACAAACACUUCAUCGUGUCUCCUUAUUUCACAAGUAACUCGAAACGACACUGGCAAAUAUACCAUUCACAUAUCAAAUGGUGUAGGAGAACCAAAGUCACUGACAGUGUCUGUUAAAGUACAGGACACCCCAGCUGCUUGUAGAAAUUUGGCCUUGAAAGACGUUACUCGUGGAAAUGUUACACUUUGUUGGGAGCCUCCUCUACAGGAUGGUGGAGCAGAAAUCACCAAUUAUGUUGUAGAGAAGAGAGAUGCAUCAAAGCGCACAUAUGCUUGUGUGACAAAUAAAUGUACAGAGACCACAUAUGCCAUUGAGGAACUCUCUGAGAAGACAUCAUACUUCUUCCGUGUAUUAGCAGAAAAUGAAAAUGGAAUUGGGGAUCCGUGUGAAACAGCAGAGCCAAUUAAAGCCACUGAGACACCAGGUCCAGUCAAAGACCUUGCAAUGAAAGAUUCCACAAAAACGUCAGUAACACUACAAUGGAACAAACCAGAGUAUGAUGGUGGUAGCAUUAUUACAGACUACAUAAUUGAAAAGAAACUACAAGGUCAAGAUGAAUGGUCACCUGCUGGCACAAACAAACACUGUGAACAUGAAAUUACAAAACUUAAGGAACUCACUGAAAUGUUUUUCAGAGUUUGUUCAAUUAAUGAAAAGGGUAAUAGUGACUUUGUUGAAAUUGGACCAAUUAAAGUGAAGGACUACAUUAUUGCACCAGAAGCAAACCUUGAUGAUUAUCCUGAUGGACAAAUCAGUGUGCGCUUAGGACACAAUGUUCACAUUGAAUUGCCAUAUAGAGGUAAACCAAGACCAGCUAUUAUUUGGUUGAAGGACAACUUGCCACUCAAAGAGAGUGACAGAAUUCGAUUUAAGAAGAGUGAAAACAAGGCAACUUUAAUGAUAAAGAAUGUGGAGAAAGAGAAUGGUGGUAAAUACACACUUACUCUUGACAACACAUUCUUCAGAAGAUCAUUCCAUAUUCAAGUAAUUACUCUUGGACCACCAGCUAAACCUAUCGGACCCAUCCGUCUGGAUGAGGUCAGAGCAGAAAGUAUAACAAUAUCUUGGGAUGAACCAAAUGAUGAUGGUGGAGGAAAAAUAAUUUGCUAUGCAGUGGAAAAACGUGACACCUCUCAGACAGAUUGGAAGUUGGCUUGUUCAAAUGUGACUGGAACAUCAUUUAAGGUACCUAAUCUGAUCAAGGGAACCCAAUAUCAGUUCAGAGUCUGUGCAGAAAACAGAUAUGGUGUAAGUGAACCUUUAGUUUCCCAAAAUGUCAUUGCCAAGCAUGAGUUCCGACCACCAGGCGCACCAGGUCGGCCAGUAGUUUACAAUAUCACAAACGAUGGCAUGACUCUUCAGUGGGAUAAACCCAUUUUUGAUGGAGGUUGUCCAGUCCUUGGGUUCCAUGUUGAAAAGAAGGAGAAGAACAGCAUAAUGUGGCAAAAGGUCAACACAGUCUUGGUGAAAAAAAGGGAGUACAGGGUUCUUGGUCUUAUUGAAGGUCUGGAGUAUCAGUUCAGAGUCUAUGCACAAAAUGAUUCUGGACACAGCCGCAUGAGUGAUGCAAGCAAACCUGUUAUGGCCGUUUCUCCAGUUGAUCCUCCUGAAACCCCUGACUACGUCGAUGUGACAAGUGACUCUGUAAAACUCAAGUGGGAAGCACCCAAGCGAGAUGGCGGAAGCAAAAUUGUUGCGUACGAUGUGGAGAAGCGGCAGAACCAGGAGCGGUGGUUUAAGAGCAAUUUUUCAGAUGUUACAGACACAGAAUAUACAGUGACUGGUCUUACUUGCGGUGAACGCUACGAGUUUAGAGUCAUAGCAAGAAAUGCUAUUGGUACAGUGAGCCCACCCUCUCAGUCAUCUGGAUAUGUAGUAAUAAGAGAUGAGAGCUUUGCUCCAAACAUUGAGUUUGGCCAGGAGUACUUUGAGGGAGUCUCUCUUAAAGCUGGGGAAAACAUUAGACUCAAAGUAACAAUUACUGGAAGACCAACACCAAAGGUUACCUGGUUCAGAGAUGGUACUGAAUUAACAAAGAAAAUGGUUGACAUCACAACAAUUACUGGGUCAAGCACUCUGUUUAUCAGAGAUGCUGACCGUAGUCACCGUGGCAUUUAUACCGUGGAAGCCACAAAUUCCGUAGGAACUAAGAAGGAAGCAAUGAAAGUUGAAGUUUUUGAUACACCUGGAGAACCUGUGGGACCAAUCAUGUUCUCAGAUAUAACUGAAGGCAAAGUGACACUUUCAUGGAAUCCACCGGAGAAUGAUGGCUGUUCUAAUAUUACGCAUUACAUUGUUGAGAAGCGUGAAACCUCUAAACUUUCAUGGGCACUUGUUACAGAUGAGUGCUUGAAUUGCACAUACACUGCAACCAAGCUGAUGAAGACCAAUGAGUAUCAGUUCCGUGUUUCUGCAGUCAAUAAGAUUGGUGUUAGUAGACAUCUGGAAUCAGCCCCUGUGAUUGCACAGAUGCAAUACACUGUUCCAGAUUCUCCUGGAACUCCUGAUGCAACAGAUGUUGAUGGAGAGAGUAUCACAAUCAGCUGGGCUCCUCCAACACAUGAUGGUGGAAACCCAAUUAAAUAUUACAUUGUGGAAAGACGUGAAAAGAAGACUGGUCGUUGGUUGAAGGUCUUAACAAGAAAACCCAUUGUUGAGGCCGCACACAGAGUGACUCAUCUCACUGAGAAUGUGGAGUAUGAAUUCCGUGUGUAUGCAGUAAAUGAUGCUGGAAUUGGAGAUCCAAGUAACAUUUCAAUACCAAUUAAAUGUGCAGAGCCUACUGAAGAACCAGAUGCCCCAUCUAUUGUAAAUGUCAAGGACAGUACAAAUACAUCUGUUAGCUUGGAGUGGACCAGACCUGCCCAUGAUGGUGGUAUGGAAGUCCAUGGCUACAUUGUUGAGAUGUGCAAGGGAUCUGAAGAGGCAUGGCUUAGAGUCAAUGAUGAUCUUUGUCCUAUUACUAAAUACACUGUCACUGGUUUGGAAACUGGUGCACAGUACAAGUUCCGAAUUUGUGCAGUCAACUCUGUUGGAAAGGGUAAACCCAGAGAGAUACCUGAGCCAGUACAAGCAGUAGAUAGACUGUUGGCCCCAGAAAUUGAUAUUGAUGCAUCCUUCCAACAGACACAUAUUGUGAAAAGUGGGGGAAGUGUUUGUCUCCGUAUUGCCUUUAAGGGAAAACCAGCGCCCACAGCUUCCUGGACAAAAGUAGAUGGAGAACUCGGUGUUAUGGCAGAUAUCACCACCACUGAAACAUUCACAGCUUUAACGCUGGAGAACUGCUCAAGAAAUGAUACUGGAAAAUACACUCUCACUCUUGAGAACAGCAGUGGCAGUAAAUCUAUCACUGUUACAGUUAAAGUGUUGGACACACCAGGAAUGCCAGGGCCUAUCUUUAUCGAGGAAGUAUCAAAGGGAGCUCUCACUCUUGUGUGGGAUCCUCCUCUGAAUGAUGGCGGUGCACGUGUUCAUCAUUACAUUGUUGAGAAGCGCGAGGCCAGUCGUCGUACAUGGACAGAGGCAGCCCCCAAAACCACGGAAACAAAAUUGUGUAUCUCUAAUCUCCUUGAAAGUGUGCCUUAUUUCUUUAAAGUCAUGGCUGAAAAUCAGUAUGGUAUUGGUGAAGUGUACGAAAUGCCUGAACCAAUUAUUGCCACAGCUGAACCUGCUCCACCUAAGAGAGUUGAUAUAAUUGAUACUACAGACACAACAGCAACCUUGGCCUGGCUCAAGCCAGAGCAUGAUGGAGGAAGCCGUGUCACAGGCUAUCGUGUUGAGUCAAAGGCUAAAGGCACAGGUAAAUGGUUUGCCUGUGGCACAACGAAAAAUCUAACCUUUGUAGUUGAAGGCCUUAUUGAGAAUUCUGAGUAUAAAUUCCGUGUCAAGGCUUGCAACGAUGCUGGGUUUAGUAUGCCAAGAGAAGUAUUAUCCUCGGUCAUCAUUAAAGAGCCACGCAUUGAACCCACUGCCGAUCUCAGUGGCAUCACCAACCAACUUAUUACUAAGAAGAUCGGUGACACAUUUGAGAUUGAUGUUCCAAUUAGUGGCAGACCUGCUCCGAAGGUAACCUGGAAGCUUGAGGAAAUGAGGCUAAAAGAAACUGAUAGGGUAUCAAUUAAAACCACCAAAAACAGAACCACUCUCACUGUUAAAGAAAGCAUGAGGGGUGAUGGAGGAAGAUAUUUCCUUACUCUUGAAAACGUCACUGGAUCAAAGACUUUUACUGUUAAUGUCAAUGUCAUUGGCAGACCAAGUCCUCCAGAGGGCCCUAUUGAGAUCUCCUCUAUUACAUCAGAGUCAUGCGUACUGACAUGGAAUCCACCUGAGGAUGAUGGUGGAACAGACAUUACAAACUACAUUGUUGAGAAGCGUGAGUCUGGCUCCACUGCCUGGCAGCUUGUUAACUCAAGUGUAAAGCGCACUACAAUCCUUAUUUCACAUCUGACUAAGUACAUGCAGUACACUUUCCGUGUCUGUUCUGAAAACCGAUUUGGUGUGAGCAAACCAACAGAAUCUGAGACAAUUGUUGCAGAGCAUCCAUUUGUUCCUUCAGGGGCUCCAACAAGGCCAGAAGUGUUUUCUGUAACUGCCAACAGCAUGAGCAUUCGUUGGGAGGAACCAUACCAUGAUGGUGGCAGCAAGGUCUCUGGAUACUGGAUUGAAAAGAAAGAACGUAAUACAAUUCUCUGGGUGAGAGAAAACAAGAUACCAUGCUUUGAAUGCCACUACAGGGUUGAAGGCCUUGUUGAAGGUCUUGAAUACCAGUUCAGGGUCUAUGCAAUGAAUAGCGCUGGCCUCAGCAAAGCAAGUGAAGCAUCAAAAAGAGCAGUGGCACAAAACCCAGUUGAUCCUCCAGGAAAACCAGAAGUUACAGCUGUAUCAAGAUCAACAGUCUCAGUCAAAUGGUCUGCACCUCUUAAUGAUGGUGGAAGCCCAAUCACAGGCUACAUUGUUGAGCGAAAGCCAUAUAGUCUCACUGGAGAAGGUCGCUGGCUUAAGUGCAACUACACUAAUGUUACUGACACAAAUUUCACUGUCACUGCACUGGGAGAAGGAGAGGAAUAUGAAUUCCGUGUCAUUGCCAAAAAUGCUAACGGAGUUUUCAGCACGCCAUCCGUUUCCACAGGGCCUGUGACCUGCAAAGCAGAGUACAUUCCUCCCAAAGCAGAGUUGGACAGCAAACUUCUUGUGGACACGGUUACAGUCAGAGCUGGAUCUGAUCUGGUACUUGAUGCUGCUGUCGGAGGUAAACCUGAACCAAAGGUUUUCUGGGCCAAGGGUCCAAAAGAGCUAGAGCUUUGUGAUAAGUACUCUCUCCAGUACACCAGUACCCGUGCCAUGGCAAUUAUCAAGUUCUGUGACAGAGACGACACUGGGAAGUAUAUUUUGACAGUAAAGAAUGCAAGUGGCACCAAAACUGCAGAAGUCAAUGUUAAAGUACUUGAUACACCUGGCCCUUGUCGGGACAUAACAGUCAGCAAUGUAUCCGAGGAAAAAUGCACAGUGUCUUGGAAAGAGCCACUGGAAGAUGGAGGUGACCCCAUCACACAUUACACACUUGAAAGAAGAGACACCAACAGACUCAACUGGGUUAUCAUAGAGGCUGAAUGCAAAGCUCUAACAUACGAAAUCAAAAGGCUUUUAAAGAACAUUGAAUAUAUUUUCCGUGUGAGAGGUGUGAACAAGUAUGGCGCUGGUGUGGUGGUACAGUCUAGCCCCAUUGUUGCCAGAAACUCAUUCACUGUCCCAUCACCUCCUGGAGCACCAGAAAUCCUUGCAGUUGGAAAAGACUUUGCAACAAUUGAAUGGCUAAAGCCUGAAAGUGAUGGUGGCAGUGAAGUCACAAACUACUUGAUUGAGUUGCGUGAGAAAAAGAGUGCUAGAUGGAUCAAAGUUAACAGAAAUUUGAUCCUCAAGGACACAUCCUUUAAAGUCACUGGUCUCCAUGAAGGCAACAUUUACCAGUUCCGUAUAACAGCCAUGAAUGCAGCUGGUGAUAGUGAACCGAGUGAAGUGUCAAUGUAUGCAGUAUGUAAAGUAAAAACUGGCACUCCAGAUGCUCCCACAAUUCCACGUAUUACAGACACACACAAAGAGAGUAUUACUCUUGCCUGGACACGGCCUGUUGAAGAUGGUGGCGCUGAUAUCAUUGGGUACAUUCUUGAGAUGCAAGAAGUUGGUUCAGAAGAAUGGAAAAAGGUGCAUGAAAAGAAUCUUAGACUGACUGAACACACCGUCACAGACCUGACUGCUGGCAAAAAAUACUGUUUUAGAGUUGCGGCAGUCAAUGUAAAUGGAGCAGGUGACUUCAGUGAUCCAUGUGCAGAAACAGAGCCUGUAGAACGAAUUGAAAUCCCUGACCUUGAGCUGCCUGAUGAACUGACGAAGACAAUAUGCUUGAGAGCAGGAAGUUCCUUGCGCCUUCAUAUAGCUAUUACUGGAAGACCAUUCCCCACUAUAACAUGGAGCAAACCUGGUGUUGAUCUUCAUAAUCGUGGCUUUAUUGAAGUCACUAACACUGCUACAACUCUCAUUAUUGAUAAAGUGCACCGCUACGAUGCUGGCAGAUAUACUCUAGAAGCCUCAAAUACAGCUGGAAAGAAGGAUGCAAGCAUUCUUGUCAAAAUCUAUGAUACGCCUGGUCCACCUGGUCCUAUUAAAAUGAAAGAGCUUACAAAGGAUUCUGCUCAUAUUACUUGGGAUGCUCCUGAGGUUGAUGGUGGAGCACCUGUCAAUAAUUAUAUUAUUGAAAGGCGGGAAGCAUCAAUGAGAGCAUACAAGACUAUUACAUCCAAAUGCAGCAAGACAUCAUUCAAAAUUGUUGGUCUGACAGAAGGAAUGAUGUAUUACUUCAGGGUCUUACCAGAAAAUAUCUAUGGUGUCGGUGAACCUUGUGAAACAAGUGAUGUUGUUUUGGUGUGUGAAGUUCCACUACCACCAGCCAAGCUUGAAGUUGUAGAUGUUACCAAGUCCAGUGUGUCACUUGCGUGGGAGAAACCUUUACAUGAUGGAGGCAGCAGAAUCACAGGCUACAUUGUUGAGGCUUGUAGGGCUGGUACUGACAAGUGGAUGAGGGUGGCUACAUUAAAACUCACAGACUUUGAGUUCACUGUCGUGUCACUUAAUGAGAAUGAGCAGUACCUCUUCAGGGUACGUGCCAUAAACAGCAGAGGUGCUGGUGAGCCAAAAGAAAUUGUGACUGCUGUGACAGUUCAAGAACAAAGAGUUAUGCCAAAGAUCGAUUUGUCAACUAUUCCAAAUAAGGUGAUCAGUGUUUUGGCAGGCAAACCCCUUGAGCUUAACCUGCCACUCAUAGGAAGACCACCACCAGUUUGCUCUUGGUUCUUCAAUGACAAUAAAGUAAAAAUACAAGAGCGUGUAAAGAUUAAGUCAACUGGAAAAUUCUCUAAAAUAACUAUUCUUAACACCACCAUCGAUGACAGUGGAGUUUAUACUCUUGAAGUGAAAAACAUAACAGGAGUGACUACUGAAAACAUCAAAGUCAUCAUUCUUGAUAAACCCGAUGAACCUCAAGGCCCUAUACGACUUGAUGAAAUUGAUGCAACUUCAGUUACAAUAAGCUGGGAUCAGCCUAAGAGAGAUGGUGGUGCUCCUGUCAGUAGCUAUGUGGUUGAACAACGCGAUGCUCAUCGUCCAGGAUGGGUGCCUGUGUCUGGAUCAGUUAGCAGACCAACAUUUAAGUUUGACAGAUUGACAGAGGGCAAUGAAUAUGUGUUCCGUGUUGCAGCAACUAAUCGCUAUGGCACUGGAGAGUACUUGCAGUCAGAAACUGUAUUGUGCAAGAGUUUCAAAUCUAUUCCGGGACCACCUGGCAGACCUAUUGUCUUCGAUGUCUCACGUGAUGGCAUGACUGUUGCCUGGGAGCCACCAGAUGAGGAUGGAGGAUUAGAGGUGUCUGGCUAUAUUAUUGAACGCAAGGAAGUCAGAGCUGAUAGGUGGAUUCGUGCUAACAAAAAUCCAGUGACAAUGACAAGAUAUAGGUCCACUGGUUUGAUUGAAGGCUUGGAAUAUGAGCACAGAGUGACAGCCAUCAAUGCUCGUGGUGUUGGCAAACCUAGCCUUCUUUCUAAACCAGCAGUAGCAACUGAUCCAGUUGAUCCACCUGGAUCACCUCAAAACCCAAGAAUCACAGAUACCACAAAAUCUUCUGUGUCUUUGACCUGGAGUCCUCCAGAUGAAGAGGGUGGCUCUAAGGUUUCAGGCUAUUUAAUUGAGAUGCAAAAGGUUGGUUCAGUAACCUGGAUAAAGUGCAACACCACACCAUCUCUGAUCUGCGAAUAUACUUUGACACAAAUGCCACAAGGAGAGCAAUUCAAAUUCCGUGUCAUGGCUUGCAAUGCUGGUGGACCAGGUGAACCAGCUGAAGUACCAGGAGUUGUGACUAUAGCAGAGAUGCUUGAUCCUCCAAGUUAUGAUCUUGAGGCAAAGUACAAAGAUGUUCUUGUAGUCAGAUCAGGAGGAGUCAUCAAACUUUCUGUGCCUAUCAAAGGCAAACCUACUCCUACCUGCAAAUGGACCAAGGAUGGAUCGGAGGUGACUAAUCGUGCAAUGCUUGCCUCCAAUGAAGAUAUAAAUGAGCUUGUAAUUAAAGAUGCUGAAAGGUCUGAUUCAGGCAUUUACAAUCUCCAACUGGAAAACAAGUGUGGCAAAAAGACGGUAUCCAUCAAGGUUAAGGUAAUUGGCCGUUCAUCUGCACCGGAAGGCCCUCUCCGAAUCGAUGAAAUUCAAGCACAUUCUGUAAGACUUGGUUGGACACCUCCAGCAGAUAAUGGUGGUUCAGAAAUUGUUGGCUACAUUGUGGAGAGACGAGAAGCAUCAAAAGCAGCUUGGUAUACUGUUGACUCUCGGGUCAUUGAUACGUCUUUUGUAGUUAAAGGAUUACAAGAAAAUGUUGAAUACCACUUUAAGGUGACUGCAGAGAACCAGUUUGGAAUCAGUAACUCCUUGAAAUCUGAGGGAACAAUUGUACCAAAGACUCCAAUCUGUGUACCAGAGGCUUCAGGUACUCCACCAGAGAUCAUGGAUGUUACUAAGAGUUCUGCUGCUUUGGCUUGGACUAAACCCAAAGAUGAUGGUGGAUCUUGCAUUAUUGGUUACUACAUUGAGUACAAAGAAGUGUCAUCUGAUAAGUGGAUUCGUCAUGAGAAAAUGAUUACCCUAACAAUGUACACCCUCAGUGGACUCACCACUGAUGCUGAGUAUCAGUUCCGUGUUAUUGUUGUAAAUGCCAUUGGAGAGAGUGAACCAGGACCGGCAUCGGAUUCAGUAGUAUGCAAAGAUCCAUUUGAUAAACCAAGUCAGCCUGGAGAAAUUGACACAGUGACUGUAACAAAAGACUACAUUACAAUUCACUGGGAAGCUCCAGAGUGUGAUGGUGGAAAACCAGUCCUUGGUUACUGGAUUGAAUACAGAAAGUCUGGAGAGAGCACCUGGAAGAAAUGCAAUAAAGAGCGCACAAAGGAUAAAGAAUAUACUCAGGGGGCUUUACAAGAGGCAACUGAAUAUGAAUUCCGAGUAUUUGCUGAAAAUGAAACCGGAAUCAGUAGGCCACGCAGAACAGCAACUGGCAUUAAAACUAAACUAGGUGUUGGAUCUCAACCAGGUCUUAGGAAAGAGAUGGAUGAAGUGACUGCCAAACUUGGACAGACAGCAACUCUCAAAUGCCAGAUUAUUGGAAGACCUGUUCCAGAAAUAAAAUGGUAUAAGGGUGGAAAGGAAAUCAUGGAAGGCAACAAAUAUGCUGCAACAUCUGAUGGCCGCAACCAUACACUGACCAUUUCAACAGAUCAACAAGAAGAUGAAGGUCUGUACACAUGCAAGGCUGUGAAUGAAGCCGGAGAAUGUGAGACCAGUGGAACUCUAGUCCUUGAAGCAGCACCACAGUUCCCAGUGCCACUGAAAGACAAAUACUUUGCAACAUGUGGCAGCACGGUGCGCAUUCAUGUUGUUUACAUUGGUCGACCUCAGCCUAAGAUCAUGUGGCUUUAUGGUGCCAAAACCUUGGAGCCCUCUGAAAAUAUAAUUAUUGAAAAUACAGAGCAUUACACUCAUUUGAUUCUUAAGAACGUACAGCGCAGAGUACAUGGAGGAAAAUACAGAAUCAGAAUCAACAACCACUUUGGCUCUGCAGAUGCAGUGACUCAAGUUGAAAUCCUAGAUAAACCUGCUGUGCCAGAAGGUCCACUUGUUCUUGAUGCUCUAUUGAAGAAUUCAGUGAUCAUAAGCUGGAAAGCACCAAAGGAUGAUGGAGGAUCUAUGAUCACUAAUUAUAUUGUAGAAAAACGUGAAGACAAGGAGGAUGCAAAGUGGGAACUUGUAUCAUCAUCCAUCACAGGCACUUCAUGCAGAAUUCCAAACCUUGUUGAAAAUGAGGGGUACUUCUUCCGGGUUUCAGCACAAAAUCGUUAUGGCAAUAGUGACUUACUUGAGACUCCUUCUGCAAUCCUCAUCAAGAGUCAGCUAGAGAGGCCAGGAGCUCCAUUCAAACCAGUUGUCUCUGGACUGACCAAAAGCUCCUGUGUUGUUUCUUGGAAACCACCCCUCAUUGAUGGAGGCUCUAAAAUUAAGAACUACUGCCUUGAAAAGCAAGAUAAAAAGAAGGGUGAAUGGACUGUGGUGACAACAGAUGAAAUCCAUCAAACUGUUUAUUCUGUGAAGGGACUAACCGAAGGUGUAAUGUAUGAAUUCCGGGUGAAAUGCGAAAACCUUGGGGGAGAAAGUGAGUACAGCGAAGUGUCUGACCCUGUCAUUCCUAAGACUGACAUUGAUAUACAGGCUCCUGCCUUCAAGGAAGACCUCAGAAAUAUGAGUGUUAAAUUCAAAAGCAAUGCUACAUUUGUCUGCAAGAUAACAGGGCAACCCAAGCCUGUAAUAAAAUGGUUCAAGCGUGGUAAAGAAAUUCAGGCUGAUGGCACAAAAAUCAAGAUCCAAGAAUUUAAGGGUGGCUACCAUCAGCUUGUUAUUGCUGACUGUGAGGCAGAAGACUCAACUGUAUAUCAGAUCAGAGCAACAAACCAGGGUGGAUCUAUUUCUGCUACCGUUUCUUUAGAUGUUGAAGUCCCUGCUAAGAUUCACCUACCCAAGAAUCUGCAAGGAAAAGAGGCUAUCCCUGCCCUUCGCGGUGAAAUAGUUAACAUCAAGAUUCCAUUCAGUGGAAAACCAGAUCCAGUUAUCACCUGGCAAAAAGGACAAGAUCUCAUUGAUAACAAUGGACACUAUCAAGUCAUUGUCACAAGAUCAUUUACAUCUCUUGUAUUCCUGAAUGGAGUUGAACGAAAUGAUGCUGGUUUCUAUAUUGUAUGCGCCAAAAACAGAUUUGGAAUUGACCAACAAACAGUUGAGCUCGAUGUUGCAGAUGUACCUGAUCCACCACGUGGCAUCAAAGCCAGUGAUGUUUCUAGAGAUUCGGUUACACUUAACUGGGUGGCACCUGCCAAUGAUGGUGGCAGUAGAGUCACAAACUAUAUUAUUGAAAAGUGUGCCACCACAGCAGAAAGGUGGAUUCGUGUUGGCCAGUCUCGUGACACCCACUACACUGUUGUCAAUCUGUUUGGAAAGACAAGUUAUCAAUUCCGUGUCAUAGCUGAAAGCAGAUUUGGUCAAAGUGCACCAUCUGAGUCAAGUGGACCUGUUGUGACAAAGGAAGAUAAGUCGAGAAUGCUUAACUAUGAUGAAGAAGUAGAUGAUACCAGGUCUGUUUCCACGAGCAAAGCUCCUCACUCAGAAGCUAAAAAUCUUCACAACAAGUACAUGAUUGCUGAAGAGCUUGGUCGUGGACAGUUCAGUAUUGUACACAGGUGUGUUGAGAUCAGCUCUGAGAAGACUUACAUGGCCAAAUUUGUCAAAGUAAGAGGUGCAGAUCAGGCACUUGUGAAGAAAGAAAUUGCAACAUUGAAUUUGGCUCGCCACAAGAACUUCUUAUUACUACGCGAGUCAUUUGACAGCCCUGAAGAGUUGGUCAUGAUUUAUGAGUUCACCUCUGGUGUUGACAUAUUUGAGCGUCUUGGUACAGCUGACUUUGAGCUCAAUGAGCGUACAAUUGUUACCUAUAUCAGACAAGUGUGUGAAGCUCUUGAAUUCCUUCACAGCAAAAGCUAUGGUCACUUUGAUAUCAGGCCUGAAAAUGUAGUGUAUACCACAAGAAAAGGAACUAACGUCAAGAUUAUUGAGCUUGGACAAGCAAGACACCUUACACCUGGGGAGCAAAUCAAAAUUCAGUUUACCACUGCUGAGUUUGCAGCACCAGAAAUACAUCAAAAUGAGUUGGUUAGCACUGUAACCGAUAUGUGGUCCGUGGGUGUCCUUGUGUAUGUACUUCUCAGUGGACUUAAUCCAUUCACUGCUGAAACACAUCAGCAAAUGAUUGAGAGCAUUUCAAAUGCAGAGUACAGUUUUGAUGAUGAAGCCUUUAAGGAUGUAAGUGUUGAGGCACUAGACUUUGUGGACCGUCUACUUACCAAAGAGCGUAAACAUCGUAUGACUGCUGCUGAGGCUUUGAAUCAUCCUUGGCUGACAAUGAACACAGAACAGCUAAACACUAAGUCCAUCAAGAUUACACGUCACAAGCGAUAUUACCAAGCCAUGGCGAAGAAAGAAUGGAACACUGUUGUCUCAUCUGCUCGUGUUGCCAGUGGUGGUGCUAUCAGAAGUCAACGAGGAGUAACGGUUGCUAAAGUGAAGAUUGCACCAUUUGAACAUGGUCCAGUUGCAGGACAAAUUAAACACAGCCUUGCAGAUGAAGGUGAUGAUAUUAAAUUCAUCUGCAACAUUGACAAUUAUGAUAGCAGUACUGAAGUAACAUGGUACUGUGGAGUAAGACAAUUAGAAGAAAGUUCUAAAUACGAAAUUACUUAUGAAGAUGGCCUUGCUACCAUAACUAUCAAGGGAAUCACCCGACCUGAUGAUGGAACAUACAGAUGUAAAGUUGUCAAUGAGUAUGGUGAGGACAGCGCCUAUGCAGAGCUUUUUGUCAGAGGGGUAAGAUCCUAUCGUGAGUUCUUCACUACACGUGUGGUAAAGAAAGUCAAACGCAGAGUGGACACAACAAGAUUACUCCAAAGACCUCCUGAAUUUACUUUGCCUUUGUGCAACCGCACAGCUUACAUUGGAGAGAACGUACGCUUCGGUGUCACCAUCACAGUGCAUCCCGAACCUCGUGUAUUGUGGUUAAAAACUGGUCAAAAGAUUUUGCCAGGAGAUGAUGACAAGAAAUACACUUUUAUCACUGACAAGGGCCUGUAUCAGUUAAUUAUUCAUAAUCUUGAUCCAGAUGAUGCUGCAGAAUACACUGUGGUGGCACGGAAUAGAUUUGGUGAAGACAGCUGCAAGGCUCGUCUCACAGUGGUUCCUCGCCCUGCUCCUGCUGAUAACACCCUGAGACCCAUGUUCAAACGUCUUCUCGCUAAUUUGGAAUGCAAAGAAGGGCAGAGUGUACGCUUUGAAAUGCGAGUGUCAGGGCAUCCUUCAUUGAAAUGGGAGAAAGAUGGCAUGCCUUUGGCAUUUGGUCCACAAAUUGAAGUUGUCCACGAAGGCUUAGAUUAUUAUGUCUUGCACGUAAAAGAUACUCUUCCAGAGGAUUCUGGCACAUACCGAGUCAUUGCAACUAAUACAGCUGGGUCUGCAAGUUGCCAAGCCACCCUCAAAGUUGAACGUGUGAUACGCGUAAGGAAGGAAUUUGAGAGUGAGGAGGAUAAGAGGAAAAAACAAGAACAGCAAGAGAUUGAUAAGAAAGUAAGACUAACUCAGAUUCUUGCUGGUGCAGAUGUUACCCCACUUACUCCAGUUGCACAGCAAGCACUAAGAGAAGCUGCAACCAUGUUCAAGCCAGCAAUCACUACCAAGAAAGUGAAAAGUGAAGCUGAGGAAGCCAAAGAGAAAGAGGAGAAAAGGAAGAGAGCCGAGGAAAAAAGGUUAAGAAUGCCAUAUGAUGUCCCUCCACCACGUGUUGUUGGACCUACUGCUCUUGAGGAGGAUAUGGAAAUCAAGCACUUUGUGCCAUUUUCUGAUAUGAAGUGGUACAAGAAGCUUCGUGAUCAAUAUGAGUUCCCAGAGCCAAUGGAAAAAUUCCCCCAGAAAAGACUCAAACGUAUCCGGCUGUCAAGAUGGGAUCAGUUCUAUGAAGUACCCAUGCCAAGAAUUAAAGACCAAUACAAGCACAGAUGGCAUAUUCCAGUUUCACAGGAUGAUCUUGAGACUGUAAGACCAGCAAGACACCGCACACCUUCUCCAGAAAUGGAGUAUUACUACAGAAUGAGGAGACGUUCUCUUGGAGAUCUUUCUGAUGAGGAACUGCUUCUUCCAGUUAAGGAUUACCUGUCAAUGAAGAGAACAGAAGAGGAAAGGCUUAAACUUGAGGAUGAACUUGCGUUAGGCUAUUCUGCUUCCCCACCAAGUCUGAGCCCUGUACGCUUUGAACUCUCUGCACUACAGCAUCCACCAAAGAGAGUUGUAUAUGAUGAUGAGGAGAAAAAAGAGGAAGUUCCAACAUACGACUCUUAUCGUAUUCCCUCGAAAUACGAGGCAGGUCCAAGCUAUAUCGACCUGCGUCAACGUCAUGAUAAGACAACAUACAGACCUCCAAGAGAAAAGCAAAGAUUAUAUGAAGAAAAAGAGGAUCAUGAACUGCUUAGGUCAGUAACUACCACCACAAGAUUGACAUCCUAUAAGACCCAACUACAGCACAUAGAGUUUGAGGAAAAAACAAAGGUGAAAAGAAAAGAGAAAACAAAAGUUUCUGUAUCUGCAUCAAGCGAGCGAGCAGCAACUGAUAUUUCUACAUCAUUUUCUUCUGGCUAUGUCAAAGUGACUCGUCCUAAAUCUGAGAAACUUUCUGCAGCUGUGGCUGAAAAAGAAGUGGUAAUUGCUAGAACAUAUUCACCGGAAAAGACACGCCCACGUUCCCCCAGCCUUGAUUCAUUUGAAAAGGCAGCCUCUACACAAGACCUGUCAACAAAGGUUGAUUAUAUGUCAAGGUAUGAGUCAAAAAAGAAAGCAUUAAAAACUGAGAGGAAGUUUGAAGUUGUGACCCAGGAGCCUUUCAGCCUUGACCAUGCUCCCAGAGUGACUGUAAGAAUGCGCUCACACCGUGUGCCAGUUGGUCAAAACACCAAAUUUACCCUAAAUGUUCAAUCUAAGCCAGAUGCACAGAUUAAAUGGUACCACAAUGGGCUACAGAUUGAAGAAAGCAGAAAGUACCGCAUGUUUAACAUGAGUGGUGUUUUGUCUCUUCAAAUCAUUGAUUGUCAGGAAGAGGACAGUGGCACCUAUCGUGUUGUUUGCACAAACGCAAAGGGAGAGGCCUCUGACUAUGCCACUCUUGAUGUAGCUGAAGGCGUGUUCUCUGCAUAUGCCUCACAGCGCAAAGAUGAGGAACCACCAACACCCUUUGUCCCUGAGAUGACAAAAACUGAUGUUUAUCAGGUUUCCACAACCAAAGCAGCAACCACAUCAGAAGCUGCAGUAUCAGAAAAAGUUGCAGUAUCUGAAACUAAAAGUAAGACCAUGGAGACUGUCGUUAAGGAGGAGUAUGCAACAUCUGAGGUCAAGCUUGAAGCUAUGGAAGUGACCACAGUUGAGAAAGUCGUGGUUGAGAAAACAUCUUCAACCGCACUUGAAGCUACAAAAAUGACAAUGGUAGAGGAAAAGGUGGUUGAGAAAAAGAAGUCUACUUUUCCAGCUUCAAUUCUAACUAAACCACAGUCACUCACAGUAUCAGAGGGAGAAUCAGUCAAAUUCACGUGUGAUGUUAAUGGAGAUCCUGCACCCACUGUAACAUGGCUACGAGAGGCGCAAGUAAUUGUGUCAUCUCAUCGUCACCAUAUUACCUCAGUGGAAUAUAAAUCUACUUUCGAGAUUACCCAAGUUGAAACUUCAGAUGGAGGUAAUUACACUGUAGUGGUAGAGAAUGCUGAAGGUAAACAGGAGGCACAGUUCAGUCUGACUGUUCGUAAACCAACACCUGUACAAAAAGUUGUUGCUUCACCUCCAAGAGUAAAGUCACCAGAGUCUCCCCGUAUAAAAUCACCAAUGGGAAUUAGGUCUCCACUGAGAAUGAAAUCACCUGAGCCAAUCAAAUCUCCGCCGAGAGUAAAGUCUCCACCCACACCAAAAUCACCUACAUCCAAACCAGUUUUCUCAUCAGAACUGAAAGACAUAUCAGCUUCCGCAGAUUCUAUUAUAAAGCUUACAGUGAAAAUGACUGGUGAACCUAAACCAGUGAUCACCUGGAUGAAGGAUGGAAAGAUACUCACUCAGGGAGGAAGAUAUGAAAUCUAUGAAGAACAUGGUUCAGCACAUCUUGAAAUCUAUGAAUCUGAUGCCGCUGAUAGUGGAGUGUACACAUGUACAGCCAAAAACACUGCUGGAUCAGUUACUACAAAAUGCACCGUUACCAUUAAAGCAAAAACGUCAGCAGUUGCAUUGGAAAGAAAAACUGAACUGACUGAGCAAUUACUGAAAAAAGAAAUCGCCUAUGAGGAAGUGCAGUCUUUUAAAGAAAUCAAAGCAUCAAAAACCCAAGUGAAAAUGAGUGAGGGUCAGACUGUCACACUACGAGCGAGCAUCCCAGGGGCAUCUGAUGUGAAGUGGAUCCUGAAUGGAAUUCAGCUAUCAAAUUCGGAAAACUACAGAUAUGGCGUGUCAGGCAACGAACACACAUUGACAAUUAAAAGUGUCAGCCACCGCGACCAGGGAAUUCUCACAUGUGAGGCCAGAACUGAGCAUGGUGUGGUCAGGUGCCAGUUUGACAUAACCAUCAGUGAAAUGCGUUCUGCACCAAAUUUCCUUGUGCAACCACAUUCCCAGAAUGUUAAUGAGGGACAAAAUGUCACUUUCUCCUGUGAAAUCACUGGUGAACCUACUGACAUUGAGUGGCUCAAGGAUAACACAUUGGUAACAGUUACAUCAAACAUAAAACUAAGCCGGACUAAGAGUGUCUACAAACUUGAGAUUCACAAUGCUGCCAUUGAAGACAGUGGAAAAUAUACAAUCAUAGCAAAGAACAAAUAUGGACAGUGCUCCGCAACAGUAUCACUGAAUGUGCUUACUCUGGUUGAGGAACCUGCCAAAAUGGUAAUUAUGGAGAGAAGUUCUGAUGCUACCAGCAUCCAAGGCAGCUUAUCUGCCAAGCAUGCCAUUUCAAAAAUGCAAGAGACGUCCUUCAGCAGCGGCAGCAUGUCUGCGGUUAAAUUUGAGAGCAUGUCAGCAUCUAGCAUGUCCUCCAUGUCGUCUGAAGCGAGGGCGUCUAUGAGCUCUAGCAGUAUGAUGGCUAUGAGUUCCAGCAGUAUGAUGGCAAUGUCCAGUCACUCGCAUGUUGAGGGGUCAUCCAUCAGAGCAAUUACUCGUGGCCUGAAAGGCAUACCACCAAAGAUAGAAGCCGCCCCUGAGAAUAUCAGCAUCGAGUCCGGAAAGGUCCUGACUGUAGCAUGUGCUUUUAUCGGAGACCCAACCCCUUCCGUAGAAUGGAUACAUUCAGGAAAGACACUGUCCAGCAAGGAGGGGAGCGGAAGGUUCCGGAUCGAAAAUUCUGAAGAUCUCACCACUCUUGUUAUAAGUAGCGUGAAAGAGACUGAUGCUGGAGCAUACACCUUGAAACUGUCCAAUGAGUUCGGAUCAGAUACCACCACUGUUAAUGUCCGCAUUCGAUCUAUGUAAAAAAAAUUAUAUAAUAGUAAUACAACCCUCACCCCAUUUCCCUCAUUCAGUACCUUUCUAUUUAUAGAAUGAGAAAAAAAGAAACUCUUCUAGAUGUCUGUUCUUGUAAAUAUGAACUAUUUUUAUACCAAACUUGACAUAAAUUUUUGCCAAACUAGACUAAAGUCUAAAGUUGUUAUAAAAUGUGCCAUAUUGGAUGAUUAUGACCAGAGGUUCUGCAACAUUUUGUGACAUGUACAUAAUGUAUAUAGCCGAAUUUACCGGUUAUGGAAAAUGUAUGCAUUGUUAUUUAUGACAAACAAAUGGAACUAAAUGUUUAACAGGAGAAAGUUUCGCACGAAACGAAUACCCUGUUAAACCCGAAACGAAACGAAACUAUGUGCCUCAACAGUAAGUUGAAGUCUUAAGUUUGCCUCAACAGGUAGAGAGGCUCCCUGUUGAAGUUUGACUAAAAUCAGCAAGACAAAGUUAUGCACUGUGCAUUUGUGCGUGCAGCAAUGCAGCACACAAGAAUUUAAGACCUGAACGUAAGACCUUGAAUGUUGUUUGCAUAAUACCCUCAUGUAAGCAACAUGACUAGGCCUUGUGCUCAGACUGACAAAGUCAUACCGCCAUUUUGAUGACACGCUCAAUGUGCAAGCGGCCUGCACAACGAGCUCAUGAUAACGUUUGUGCGCGGUUUCUGACAAAGGACUGCUUGAAUUUUGAUUUUAGGAAGUAACAUCACCUGGCCAUUUAAUGUAAAAUCGAUUCGAGUACUUCUCAGGCAGAAGCCGUGCCAACUCUUGGAGGAUUGCUAGGUUAUAUUUUGUGUGUUUGUGUGUGUGUUAGCAUUAGAAUCUCGGUUUGUCAGUAGUCAGGGUAUUCAUCAGGCAACGUACCGCAGAGCCUUCAUGUGCUAUGCAAAGAAAAGAAAAAUAUGUAUGAAUGUAAUACCCUGCACAUUGAAUUAUUAGAAAUAAUUGAUGUAGUAUUACCCAUAUAUUCAGCCUCCUUGAGUUUAAUGAAUUAUUGUUUUAAUAAAGCAUGUUUUCAGCACCAUAAAA